GGCCGGCCUGUCUAGCUGAACGUCCCCACCGAGACACGCGCGCGCGACAAGCACCGCGCUGUUAUUGUUAUUAUUUUUUUUCCACUACUGUUUUUUUUUUUUUCUCUCUGCUGUUUUUCGCCCGACAGCUGCCGUCCGUCCGUGCCUGCGGCAAUAGCUCAACGGUUUCGCGCCGUCGCCAUCCGCGGUAUCAUAAUCGCACGGCGGGUAAUAAGUAAAUCGGUUCGUACGUUUUCCGUCACAGCCCGCGAAUCGUGCCGCGCCGCGCCGCGGAAUAAUUACGGGACCGUUACGAGUACGGCGGCGGCGGGUCGUUCGCUCAGCGAUUCGGCCGGCGAGAUAGACGGCGGCGGCGGCGUCUGUACGGUUCGUUGACGAAUGGACGGCGGCCGUCUGGUGUUGUAACAGUGUUACACAGUGACCGUCGUCGUAAAAUAAAAAAUACGAUUUUAUUAUUAUUUCGUUUUUUUUCUACCCGUACCGUUUUAGUCGGUGUUUAUCUACGCGUACGUAUACAGUGUAUUAUCGUUAUCAGCUCCGCGGCGCCGCGCUCUCGCAGACUGUUGUUUUUCAAGUUUACCGAAUUUCCUCUCGCCGAGCGUCGUAGCGACCCCCUCCGAAAGAAGAGAAAAAAAUGGAACGCAACGACUACAUAAACGACGGAUAUACGUGUUUCUACUGCCAUACGUCCUACGAAAAAGGUAAUUAUUUUUUUCUGGGGGAGGGGGGAAACAAUAAUACCUACCUAAAUGUGUCGGCUAUAUUAUAUUCUAUUCCGCGUGUUAUUUACCCGAUCGUUUUUUUUUUUCUCCUACCCGCCUAUAAUUAUACUUGUAUAAUAUGCUCGAUCGCACGAACGUUGUAUGCGGCGGUAUACGAUAGAACAGAAAAAAAAAAACAUACGUGCGACGCGCGCAAUCUCCAUACUCGUGUGUUGUGCAUCGCUACGUGAUCGCACGGUAGGUAUGCGGUAUUAUGGUAGUUUUAGCAAUAACGAAAAUAAACGCUCGCGCGAUAAGAACAGUGGAUAUACAGUGAUAAGACGGAUUGUGUGCAGGUAGCCGCCGGAUUUAGUACUACGGGUGAAAGUAUACUGUAGCGGGUUAUGAAAUGUUUAGCGAGCGGGGCGGGGGACACGUCAAUACGGACGUGUAAGCUCGAUACCGGCUGGUAAGCCGCGGUACUACUAAACGGUAACAGUAUUAUUAUUGUUAUUAUUGUUAUUGUGAUGUACGGAUCGUAAUCGGCACGCUAAAGUAUGGGACGUUUUGCUCCCCCCCCCCCGUCCGGAGAAAACAGUAUAAUAGGUAUUCGUCAUCGUAAUAUGUUCGUUGUUAUUCGAUUGCGUGGACACGUGUUAUGGGGGUUUUACACCCCAGUCGAAAAUAGUUAUGUUUUCCGAAAAUGUUAUUAUAAUAUUUCAUACGAGUAGUAGGCGCGGUAAGGUAAUAAUAGGUAGGCAUAUUAGGUAUGAACAAAAAGCGAUAAUAAUUUGUCAACAUUUAUAGCAAACGACUCGCGCAUUUAUAACGACGUUGCAUAAUUAUUUAUAACUGUAAAUUUUAAGCAUUAAAAACGUAAAAAACAAAAAUGCCCUAUCAAAUAGGUUAGGUAAGCUUAGGAUACCUUUCCCCUCCCGAAAAAAAAUACUGAAAUUUCGUAAAAUACAAAGAGUAUACGUAAUAAGUUUAACGAAAAACAAACCGAAUUAAAAAACGGUUGUUAUAUAUUUUGAUCGGCAUUCCGAAAGAUACGAUCAAGUUUUACUUUUAUAUCGUGUGUAUACUGAACAAAAAAAAUGAGUGAUGCCUAACCGAAAAUAAAUUAACGGUUCGUCUCGAUUGUUGCAUUCAACAACAAGUGAGGGUCCGGAUAAAAGAUUUCAUUAAAGAAGAACGUUUUAUAUAACAAGUACGUGCGUGUACAAUCUAUAAAAAAAAAAAAAAACAGAUUGUUAAAAAUACCAUAAAAAUAAGAUUGAAAGUGGAAAAAAAUUGCGAAACAUCAAAAAAUGAGAGAUAAAAUUUUGGAUUGUUUGAUCCGUUUUAAUUUAUAACCUAACUAUCCAUAGAGAUACCUAAUUUUAUUCGAAACGUCAUUUUAUAGCCAUAAAUGAUAUUGGUUGUUAUUUUGAAACACGUUGUAACCACGGGCAACACCGGUGACGUGUUCGGGGGUUCACGUGUGGUUUUUGUUUUUUUUUUCCUCGAAGGGUUACGUUUUCAGUUCUCGCAGUUAUUAAUUUCCAAGACUAUAAUAUAAUACUAUAGUUGCUUCGGUGACAAAAAAUUUUACGGGUCGGAUCCGACUGUUUGUUUCUCGAUGUGUUUAUAGAAUAAUAUAUUAUUUUACAUAUUUUGUUCUAGGCAAUAAUCAGUAUAGAAACGAUAAUAUAUUUAAAAAUUAAAUAUAAAUAUAUAAAUAAACAUAUCGAUGGUGACACGGCAAAAGGGUCUAAACGGCACAAUUCAUAAUAGUUUUCAGGAGAGUCAAAAAACAUUUAUUUGUAAUUUUAAUACUUUUUUUUUUUUUCGUACGUCUUUAAUAUGAAUACGCAUCGUUGAUUAGCUUUUAUUUAGACCCCUAUAAUUGAGAAGACAAAAUAAAUAGUGUCAUUUAUACCCAAAACUUAAAACUCAAAUUGUUCGUUAAAUAAUGGUCAUAGCUCAUUUUGCACACGCUCAAUGGACGAAACAAGUAUUUCUCUAUCCAAUAGAGAAGCUGUGCCUCUUAGACCCAAAGCUUCGUUUAGAUCCUUUUGCCGUUUCACCAUCGAAAUUAUGUAUAUUAUUCUUAUAGCAUUGGUUAUCGACUAAGUACUAUACAAUACUGCAACAGUUUACGUCUACUCAUUUUCAUUAAUAAAAAAAAAAUUGUUUUCCGUUGUGAUUCACUGUUAAACAACUGUUUUUUUUUUAUUUUUUAACAGAGUAGGUAUAUAACAAUAACAACCAUGUAUGUUGAUUAUUAAACUUACCAAACACAAUAUUAUAUUUUAAGUUCCCGCGUGACCGACUAUAAAUGAGACGAGAGGAAAAAAAAGUAAAACAAAGAAAUUAUAAUAUAACUAGCUGUCCCGCCCAGCGUUGCCAAUUUUCUAUUGAUUUUUUUACUCCUAUUCCUUUUUAGUUUUUGACCGUGUGAGUAAUGAAUAAAAAAAAGUGGAAAGUGGGUAGUCCAUCUUCGGCGGAAUAAGUGUUCUAUUAUCAUAUUUUUUUCAUGAUUUUCAUACGAAAAAUAACGAAACCUCGAUUUUUUUUUAGAUGGGGAGAGUUGAUGGAUUUCAAAGGAAGUUAAGUCUAAUCUAACUUAUCAGGGAGUGGAGACGCUCGACAGCGAGAAAACGCGUGUACUGUAUUAUAGCUAAUUGUCGUUCGCAGACGGCACAGUGUUUGUUUUAUACCUUCCUGUGAACAUAGGCCGACAAUUUAUAUUAAUAUAAAGUUAAUUAUUCAGUUGUUAAUCUGUAUAUAUAAAAAUGGAUCGAUAUUUUGUCGAUGAUGCCUUAACUUUCAAACUUUUCCUGUAGAUUUUCCAAAAAUCGUCUUUCAUAAUAAUCUUACGAAUACACGAAAAAAAAAUCAGGCAUAUCGGUCCGUCCGUUUUCAAUUUAUGGCGUCAGCUAAAAAAUAUCAAUUAAUUUAUACAUAUCUAUAUAAUAUAAAUGUGCGUAUUUGCCGAUAUAUUUAAAUUUAUAUUUAAAAAAAUAAUAAAUCGAUUGUAUCACUCUCUUGGCGCCCUCUGAUGAAUCUUUAUUUAUUAAUUUUCUAUCAGAAUGUACAUUUAAAUUUUGGGACAACUUACACGGAAUAUCUUACUGAUCAUUCAUUUUUUUGUUUUUUAAUUUCAUCCGUAUCACCAAGGUAACCCAUAAAUCAACAAAAAAAAAUCGCUGUACUAAAAAUACCAAUUACUCUGUGUCAUCUACCCUUGCACUGCCACCUAUCGGGUCCAAUUGUGAAUCUAAACCAUCCAGGGACCCAUUCAAACAUAUAUAAAAAAUUUCGUCAAAAUCAGUCCAGCCGUUAAGGAGGAGUUCAGUGACAUACACACGUACAGUAGAAUUAUAUAUAUAAAGAAGAUAAUAAUUACAUAUCUCUAAUUCGGUACGUUUUGGUAACGGUCGGUGUUUAUUGACUAGUGAAUACUCAUUUAUCGGCAUCUAACUUUCCUUUCAAAGUUACAAACCUUUUUGCGUAUAGUAACCAGUAUAUACCUGUAAUCUAUACAUUAAAACACUUCUUGUAAUAAACUGGAUAAUUCCGGUAUAGUUAAGUUACAAGUAGGUAUACAACUUGAAAAACGUCAACGGAAAAAUAUCGGUCGUUUUUUUACUUUUUGUUUUUCGCCGUUUUCGUGUGUGCGUGCGUUCUAGAUUAAAUAAUUUUUUUUUUUUUUGUUUGUUGCUGGGUCAAAGUUCUGGUUUUAUUUUCUUCCACGGCGAAAGCGUCGAUUAAUAAAGUGGCACGUGAUAGAUUGUUCUCGUUUGCGGCAGUGACGUACAAGUACGCGAGUCCGGUGACAUUUAAACGAAACCAAAAUACCUAUAUAUAUAGGUAACUAUAGUCUAACAGUGAUCCUUGUCCACAAGCAGAGAUUAGAUAUAUAAUUAGGGGUGGGGGAGGGAGUUAAAUAGUCCUAAUAUACAGGUGAUGUAUCUAUCAUAAGACACUCAUUAUUUCGGAAAUUAUCAACUUUUUUUGACAUUUGUUUCAUAGACAAUUUGGAAACAAGCAGCUCAACAAUUUCACAAUUAUGUUAUUUUUUGUCCUCUAAUUUUUGGAAGUGAAAGAACUACCUACUUUUGAUUUCCAUAUGACAAUCUAUAUUAAAAAUUCCAUAAAUAGAUGGGAGUAGUAGUUAAAAUAAAUGUUGGUGUUUAAAGUCAAUCCGUUUACGGGAUAUUCCACUUUUAAAUUUGGGUUGGGGGGAGUAGUUAGAUAUUAUUAAAACGCCGUGCGCUGUGCCGCCACAUAAAUGAUGCUUCACUACUCUUCCCCGACCCAAACUUAAAAGUGGAAUAUCGAAUUGACGAAAAUUACAAAUUUAAAUACCAACAUUUAUUUUAACUACUAUUUUAUUUAUUUACGGAAUUUUUAAUACAGAUUGCCAUUUGAAAAUCAAAAGUAUGUAGACGUUUCACCCUUAAUAAUGAGUGUGCCAAAGUAACAUAAAUGUAAAAUUGUAGAGCUACUUGUUUCUAAAAUGUUCUUUAAAACAAAUUUGGAAAAAAGUUAACACUUUCCGAGAUAAUAAGUGUCUCACGAUAGUUUGAUCCCCCGUAUAUUAAAUAAAAUUCCAAUUUUGGAGGAGUCCCGCUCUCUGUUUUUAUCGAAAUCGGAACCAUGUGUCUACAUUUUGAAAUUAAAAUUAUGUGUGUACUCAUAAAGGUAAUUAUCAAAUUUGGACCACUCUUGAACAUUUCUUUUAAUACAUUUUGUUUUUAUAGACGCAUGAACUAUUAAUUUAUUUUGUGAUAUAUAAAUUAAUGAUUUCUAUCAGAAAAAAAAAAAGACAAUAUAAUAAGAUCUAGUAUAAACUUCAAAACCUGGAAUUGGAAUCUCAAAUUUAUAGUCCUCUUAAAUUCACAGUAAUUGGAAUACAAAUUAAAAAUUCCUAAAGGAUGAAAAACUAGUAGUGUGUAUUAGCCUAAGCCGCGAUAUUAAGAGUACUGGAGUAUCGCAAGUGGCGUAUUUAAGAAAUUAAAAUACAUAUAUAUAUUUCCCUCUUGAUCAGUGACGGUUUUGACCAAACUUCAAAGGGGGACGACGACAAUGAUGAAUUUUGGAGGGCUUGGGAGCAUAUGCCCCAAUCUCUUGCCAAGACCCCAACAUUUUUUCAAAUCAUCCUAUAAAGCUCUCCCUUAUAUUUGCCAGGAUAUCCACCAAUGAGAGUGACUUCAAACGGUAAACCCUCUCCCCCAAGUGUAUACCUCAAAUUACUGCAUCAAACAUUAGUUCCAUCAACUUAAUCAAAACAUACGCCACAUGUAUUAACGUAUUAGAUAAAUAAACAUCUGCUGCGUACCAGGAGGGGGACGAGGGAUAAAAAAAUAAAAAAAUGCCACAUAAGAAUGUGGAUUGGUACGAGAAAAGCCAAUGUAAAUUUUUAAAAAAUCAGUUAGAAUAAUAAAAAAAGAAAAAGUAUGUAAUUUUUUAUUUUCUAAAUAAAAACCGAAAAUUACACAUUUACAUUUAAUAAAAUACAUAGAGCCAUAUGGGGAAUUAAAAUUUCAAAGCCCGUUUUUCAACAAUCACAAAAUAUAACAUUGGCCCUUCUUGCAUCAAGCCAUAGAAUUAUGUGGUACAUUGUUAUUUUUUUUAGGUUAGUUACAAUUAUUUUGAAAUUUGUUUUCCAUGGAGUAGUAAUAAAUAAAAUUUGAAUUAUUAAUAAUAUGAUAACAUGGUUAAAUUCAUAAAUAUUAAUAUUUUUGUUAACCCGGUCAAGGUUUCUGGUAUCAAUAUAGGCUAGGAUGGCUUAUGUGGAUUUGCAUUGUUGUAUAUUAACCAGGAAAUAAGUAUAACGAUGAAUGAUAUCAUUAAAAGAUUCUCUUUUAUGAAAACCCGGAAGUUAGACUUUGCAUUAUAAAUUUAUAACACACAUUUUAAUUUAUAUUAUAUUUAAUUGAAUACAAGUUUCUUAAAACUGUAGCUGUGACGUUACUCUUUAAGUAAUUUUCUACUUAAAAGAAUGGGUAAAAAUAGUGAAGAUAUAUUCUCCUUCCCCCCAAUCUGUAACAUAGGGUUAAGUCACUGGGGUUAGGUCUAUGAUGGUUCUUAUUUGAGGCAAGUUUGAGUGAGAAAUGUAUUGGUUUUACAAUGAUAUUUAUUUUUUUUUUCUAUGGACAACUUUUCUACCAGCAAUUUUGCUCUGAUUUACUAUGAAAACACUUUUUCUGAAGGCAAAUCUGACUGGAAAGGUAAUUUAUGUAGGUUAUUUUUUGAUUUUCCCUGGAUUGUUUUCCAAUAAAUAGGAAGGACAUGGGAAAACCAGGAAAAACGUAGAAAAACGGGAAAAUAAGUACAAUGUUAUACAAAUAUUAUUAAAAAAAAAAAUAUAAUACAUUUGAUCAUAAAAUGAUGUAUGAUGUAUUGUUGAUAAAGCAACACUAUCAAACGAACUCCGCUUAAAAUAGUUUUUUUCUUUAGCAAUGGUUUAUCGUCGCUUACUGAUAUACAUUAAAUUUUCCAUCUACUUUUCAAUAAUAACAGAGAAGAGACUAAAAAUUUUAACAGAACACGAAUAAUUGUUAUUUCUAAACGUGGUUAAAUACUUAAAACAUUUAUAGACAUCUUAAUUUUGCGAGUUUCUACGUAAUUUUUUUUCGCCAGGAACUCUGUAAGUAACAUUAUAAGAUUUCGGAUCGUUUCUCUUCGACAGCCGUAAAGUUGCGAAUGAAAUUCCGUUGAGUACGCAUUCAUUCGUUCAUGUUCGAACGUAGCCUUUACACUGUACUUUGUGUACCAACAAAUUUUGUUUACAAACGAACAAACAACAUAGGUAUUUUUAUUUAUAAGUUGUGAACGGUUUAAAUACUUAUUGGCCACGCUAAAUCUGAAAAAACUUCUCUUUAUUUUCGAUAUUAGUCGAUUGAUUUAAUUAUUUUGUACAUAUAGGUACUUAUCAUCGUGUGCCUGACAGACAACUAGACGGAUAUUAGUAUUUAGUUAAGUUUAGGAUUAUAAUAUUAUAACUAAGCCGUUAAAAUCACAACAUAAGUACUAAAAAUAUAAUUAAUUAAAAGUUGCAUUAUUGUUCUUAUGAAGUCUAGACAAAUAUGACAAAUAUGAUUAAUCUAAACCCUAAAUCGAGUAGGUAUUGAGGUAUUAAAAGUAGGCUUCAUUAUGUUUCAAUCGCUCACUGGAAAAUGUCCUAUUUAAAAUUAACUAUUAUUAUUUUUUAUUGUCAAUAUUUUUGAAUUAUAAAAUUCCAGUGAUAACAAUUAUAGAUUUUAUUAGCUUCAAUAAAACCUAAUUAUAAAUUACAUCAAAAACAUUAGGGAUUUCCCGUAUAUAUAAAAAUUAAUUAAUUAAUUGAAUUAAUAGCUUAUAAUUACCCAAAUGUUCUAAUUUUUAUUUUUCAUGAUUUAAAACGUAAUAAGUUGUCUACACAUUCCGUAGUAAGGGAUAAAAUUUUUAAUGCUAGCAUUAAGGAAAAAAAAAAAAAUUCUUUAUGACACUAUGUAUAAUAAAUUGCCUACACAUUAUAUAGUAAGGGAUAUGACUUUCAACGCUAGCAUUAAGGAAAAAAAAUACAUAAUUCUUUAUGAUAAAAUGCAUAAUAUGUUGCCUGUCCAUUUUAUAAGUAGGGGUGUUACUUUUAGUACAAUUAAAUUAGUAAUAAUAAUACUAAUAUUAUAAUGGAGUGAGGCCACAUUCCGAUUUACCAAUUAUUGAUAAAAAUGUCAAAUCCAAUUUGAAUUUACAUUAAAAUAUUAUUCGAGUAUAAUUAAAAAUAAUAUUCAAUUAACUGUUGAAUUUCUGCUCACGAGAAAAUAUUCAGUAUUAUUGUAUAAUAAUUAUUAAAUGCCUACUAUAGAGGUUUUUAAAAGUCUAUAUUGUAUGAAUAUUUAUCGAAAUUGAUUUUGUCUUAACUAAAAAAAAAAAACUAAUUUAAAUGCAUCGAAAAUUGAAAUUACUAUAAACUGUCAGUCCUCAUUCCUCAUAAACUGUGUAUGCCGGGAAAAUAAUAAUAAUGAUUGGUUUCUGAAAUAUUUCUGUUACCUACUUCGUAAAGUAGACGUUUUUACAUCGCACUUUUUCCCUGUUACCAACCCGACGAUAUUCGAUGUUCGAUUAUGAAUUCGAUGAUAUGAGUUUGAUAUGAGUCCGUGCUCGAGUACUCUAAGCGAUUCGAACGUUAGACUGAGAACCAUUGGUAUUUAUCAUUCCGCGCAAAUAAAAUGCCUUAAUAUUAUUUUCUUGUGCGUUGUUUUCCCCGUUUUAUGCUGCCCCCUCCGUAUAUAUUUAUAUACAGUUAUAUAUAUAUAUAAACCUACUUACACUAUAAAUAUUGGUAUCUAUACGGCUAUAUUUAUUUUAUAGGUAUUCCAAGAAUCAAAAAAAUGCACAUCAUCUCUACGUUUUUGGUAUUAGGUAAUAUCGCUUUAUCGGUUAUCUCUUAAUUAUUACUGUUUUCCGUUUUAUUUUCAUCGUUAUAAUAAUAAUAUGGAUUUUUAUUAUCAGAGAAUUUAAGAAUUUCGAUAUUAUAUUCAGUUGUCAGUCGACGACUGUCGGAGCUCUUUAUGCCGUUACUUGUACCUAUAUUUUGUAUAAAUGAUUACUUUUUGAUUAAUUUAAUAUAUUGUUCAACAAUUAUUAUUUUAUUUAAUACUAGUGCAGAAUAAAUUAGUAGUAAAUUUAAAUAGUGUUAUUUUUAAUAUCUAUAUUCCAAUUAUCUAUGGCAACAUUUAAAGAACUGAGAGCAGAUUGGGCGAACAUUAAAAAUGGAAACUGUAGCUUCGCAGGUAGUACAUAUAGUUUUUUAUUUUAUGUAUAUUUUAUAAUUUCAAUAAAACACAAUUUACCUAAGCUCUUAAUUUAACUGGGUGCCUACUGUGAGGACUAAGAAAUUAAUUAUGAUUAAACAUAUUGGCACAUAUAUGAUACCUACACAGAAAUGUGUACCUACACCAAAAUAAUAUUACGAUCGAGUAUACUACCUACUAAGAUAGGUAACCUGAUCUGCCUACACGUGCUGAUCUAAGAUUACGAAAUAAUAGUAUUCGCGAUUCGUCUGUUUUACAAGGUAUCGGUUUGUUUUGUAUUAUAGUUUAUGAUACGAUUUCGACGUUAGUGUGAAAAUGCUUCAAAUGUAUUACUAAGAUUGAUCGAGUGCCGUCGCCAUUCUCACUUUAACCAUACUUCUAGAAUGUUGGUCGCACCUGUUUGAUUUUAUUCCACUCGCAACUUUCCCAUGAUGCCAGACAUUUUCAAUGGUUUGGGACUUGGACAAAACACUCGGAACGAUGACAAUUUAUUAUUAUGAUGGUGUAAUACAAUAUUGUAAUUGAUUUUGAUUGGCCUCCGUUUGUCAGAAUAAACCUGGUCGAACUUCGUUCGAUAUUAUACAUGGGAUAAUAAGACGCGUUUCGUGUCUUAUCCCUUUUAUAAAUUCGCUUUUGAAUAAAUCUCAAAAUAUUGCGAGAUAUUGAAACAAUACAUUUUACAGAUAAUAGAUACUAGUAUGAUUUGUACAAAAAUAAUAUUUGACGAUCGGGUUUUCUGUAGAAAAUUAUCAAUUUAUUUAGUACCAGAUAAGGAAUAAUAAUAAAAUUGUAGGUUGGUAUCAUAUUAUUAUAUUGAUAAUAUUAAACAAAGCAUAUUUUUAUGUACAAGGCAGGGGUUGAGCGGGAACUGAAUUCAUGCAGGGAGAUUGGAAUUAUUCAUUAUGGCAACCCGACAUUCCUCCCCCCCCCUCUUCCAAUUUUAUACCAAACAAGUUAUGAAAAAAAAUUUAAUAAGAAUGUAUCGCGUGAAAUAUUUUCAAUAACAAUUUACUCCGUUCUGUAUACAAAUAAUAUUGUUAAGAGUUCUUAUUAUAAUUACUCUAUUAGUACUUUUAGCUUUCAGUACCUACUAAACAAAUUAUUUCAAUACUGCUGUAUCGUUGAACUAUCACAGUAAUAAUAUUCACAAUAAAUCGUGUGAGUUUUGAGUCCAGUUUGUUGAAGAAUCAGUUGAAUUUUUAGUAUUGAAAUGAAAAUUUGAUGGCGUUAAGAAACAAAUAAACAAAUCGGUCUGUGUAAAAUUUCCAUUUCCAGACCGGCCAUUCCGAUAUUGGCGCAAGGUUCGCUAUACAAUAUUAUUUCCGUGUAGAUUUCAGAAUAUUACCGGUUACCGGUACAUACAAUAGUAAAAAUUAGUGAUUCUCAACCAUUGACGCAACCAGGAUUUAUUUGGGGAAAAUGGAGGGUUAUAAAUUUUAAAAAAACACGCUACUGCUGUUAUCACCUAUCUGUACACUAAAGCAACACGUACACUAUGUCACGAAAUUACUUUUCAAAUUGGUGUAUAAAUCAUAAAACUUUUAUACUUACGUACUACGUGGAAUUCUCCAAACAUAUUUCGGGGAGGGCCACAACCUCCAUCACCCCCCUCUAGUUGCGCCACUGUUCGUAACUACAGUAUAGUCUACAUUGUCGGGUUUUCAUGAGUAAAACUGUAACAAUUAAUACAAUUCCCAAUGAAAGAGUGUAUAAUAUUAAACAUCUACGUCUAGAUUAUUUAUAUAGUAGCCAGACUGCUGUAUAAUAUAAUAAUUUAUGCGGGUAAUCCUAAUUCCUAAUAUAAUGUGUAUUAAAAUCGUAUCAUUCGUAUCAGCUCGAUGUGCAUAUCUGUGUAUCAGGCGCGUGUACAAAUGGAGUUUUAGGCGUUAAAACUCCCCCUCCCCCCCAUUCCACUACAUUUCAUGAAAAUAUGAUGAAAGUAGAUUUUUAUUGGUCUCAAAAAUGGUUUCUGUCAAUGAGAAAGGAUAAAUUCAAUUUUGGUUUUAUUUUCAUUUUAUUGCUAGAUAGUAGGUAUAUAUUAUUAUACCGUUAUUAUUGUCAUUUAAAAUUGUGGUUCUCCUGAUUUUAGAAAAUUAUAACUGAUACGGCGUUCUUGCAUAGACCGCAUCAUCAUCACAAUUAUAUGUUAUCAUUUAGGCUAUGUUCGCUAAACAAACGUAAAAUUUAGUAAUACAGGAACCUUAAAAGGUUAAAAAUAUUGAAAUUUUUAAUGAAAAAUAAACAACCCUACAAUUGAAAGUAUGUAUAUGUAGUAUGUAUUAUAUUGUUAUAAGAGUAUGAAAUUGUACAAUCUGAAACCCCCCCCAAAAAAAAAUUUUCUUUUGUAAACGUACCUGCUGUGUUUUGUAUCGUAUUCUGAACGGAACGAGAAAUAGGUAUUAAAAACUGUUUUAUCGAAAAACGUUUUAAAGUAGUCGGCAAUAUUUCAAGACGUGCGAUAAAAGUUUCGCCCGGCGACCAAUCCAAUUAAUAAUAUAAUAUAAUUGAACAUGAGGCGGAUAAAAAUUGUAUCGAUUUUUCAAUCCCGUCGAAUCUGGAAAUCGUGAAAAACUAAUAAACAAUCGGCUUAAAAACUAAAAAACCGUCUCAUUCGAUACUACAACAGUGGCGUAUUAAAAAUCCGAGAUUUGCUACUCGGAUCGUUUCUCGAAUAUUUCAUAGUUAUCAUAUAUUUUAAAAUUUAAAUUAAUAAUUAUAAAAAUAAAAUAUUACCGCGGAUUGUGUCCUCGCUACUCACCCAAAACGGUGACCUUAAAUCAAGAUGCAAAUGCAAAGUCGUACGCAAUUUAUAAUUUUUGCGUACACCUAUAGACACUAUGGAAAUUUAUAAUUAAAUUCAAGUUUAUAACUAUAAGUAUAUAGUUUAUUGCAAUUAAGCAAAUUUAAUAAUUAUUUUUUUUUUUUUUUUUUAUGUUAUAAUUUUUAUCUCUUAUUUUAUCACAACAGCCACCGCCGCCUUGUAAUUCUCAAUUGGUAAUAUAUUUCAGGCGUACUAUAUUAUAAUUGUUUGAAUUUUUUCAAACAUAGAAAGCUGCAGCGGCAUUAACGCACAAUAUCUACUUUUAAUUACUAAAAAACCGGUUCCUAAACUCAUUACCGCAACUAUGAAGUGUUAUUAGGUAUAUUUUAACUAUAAUAGUUUAUGUUGCAGUUCUACAACCCGCGAAAAGGUGUUUUUACACACGAAAUCUAAACUCUUACAACAAUAUUGUACAUUAAAACUCGCCAAUCGCGUGUACGAUUUUUUGUUUCGUCGUCGUAUACGCAUUAUUAUCUCGACUGUAAAAAAAAAAAAAAAACAGAAAAAAAACAAUGCAACUAUUACCGUGGUGUUUUUAAUAUCAAAUAACACUCGAGAAUUGACGACAGAACACAGAAGCUGAUGUUGACUUUUCGCCCCUCAUCUCGUAUUCUAUAGAAUACCGAGACGUAUCGAAUAAAAUUAAAAAAAAAAAAAAAAAAAAAAAAAAGUCUCGUUCGAAAUUCGCGUUAAUUUGAUUAAAAAGCGAUUUUCAAGACAUUUCGUUUUCCUUUUGUCGGCCGAAUUUUACCGCCGGAUCGCCCGGGCGUUUUUGCCUCUCUCGGACGUUUCGACGGAAUCGACGAAGGUUUUUUUUUUUUUAAUUAUUAUUUUCGUUCGAGAGAAUAUAAUUAUAAUGUUAUUACCAACAGAUCGAAAUAACAGCGCGUAGAUGUUUUAUACAGUCUGCGUAUUACGCACAAGCGAUAUAACAACGGUGACACCAAGCCAUAGGUAUAGGUACGACCGCUGCGAAUUGUGACGUGUCGCCGUAAUUCUGCAAUAUUUGCGGCAUUUUUACUGUAAAUAGUGCAAAAUUAACGUAAAACUAUUAUGGUCGCGCGAAAUGGAAAUAAUUCGUAUGCGUGAUAAAUUUUCGUUGCGUCGUACGUUUUCACAAUGUCACUGCGAAUCGGACUCCGGAUUUUCGGUAGAUAUUAAUUUGGGAUUUUCGGCGUGGACAUUUCGGCCGAACGCCUCGGACACUCGGCGCUGUGCAUUCCCUACCGUUUUUUAAUACAAUUGUUAUUAUUAUUAUUAUUAUUAUUGCUGUAUUAUACCGUCUUAAUUUACUAAUACGAAUAUUAUUCGCAUCGUCGCCCGCAAUAUUAUCGUUCGCGUGCUCGUACGACACAAUUUCUAACCGUCCCGGCACUCUCUACUGCAGCGUCGGCUCAACACUAUAAGCACCGUGUACGCUAUAUUUAUGCAUUCGUAUAAAAUAUCAUAAUAGUCUAUUCUUUUCGGUUGCCUUCGCGGUGUAGGUACUUGUAUUCGAAAUAAUUACACUUUUGAUUUGUUUGCCGAUCGGUAUACAUAUUGUCUGAAAGACCCAGUUUCGAUGUAUUUUAUUAUUAGAGGCGUUAGCUACGAUAUAGUAUAUUGUACGAAAUUCUCGGAGAACCGCGUGAAAUGUAAUAUUUACACGGCGUUUAAGAGUACAGUUCUGGGACAUUGGUCGAAAAGGGCCGAGCUCACUUUUAAUCACUUUUGAAAAAUUCGAAAUCAAAACGCAUUUUUAGGCCUUUUUUUUUUUAUAUCGCAACAGUAAUUGUUCUAACACCGUUGGUCUUCUCAAAUUUCACAAUAAUGAUUAUUGAGAUACGCCCUUUUACCAUCCGAAAAACCCUUUAAAACUUUCACCAAAAGGUGACAUUGGCUCUUUUUGAUCCAAGUUCCAGAAUUAAUAAUUAUUGCAAAGUAGAUUUAACAGAUUUCUUAUAAUUGGAACAGUAAAGUUAGGCGGUUUUCAAACUUUCUUCAAACGCGGCACACCGGUGUGCAAAACCGGCCGGGAAAAUAUCGCAGCCCCGUGCCACUGUGCAGUAAUUUUUGCGGGGCCACGAUAAGCUUCUUUUUUCCCCCUUUUUUAACCGUCUAAUACCGAGCGUGGGUGAAUCUUUACAAUACAAUUCUUCUCGGUUCAUAAUUGAUUGUAAUUUGUAUUUUCCUAAGUAUUACCGUGACAUUAAUAACUAGCUUUUGUUACGAACAGACGGGGUAUGGGGGAGGGGCUCUAAAAACUCGGGGCUCUGUACGAGCGCACAACGCUACGUAUAUGUAAAAUAUUAAAUCGGUAGGUACCUAUAUGACGGCGGUACAGUGUACACCUAUAAUAAUAAUAGCACGCUAUCUUAUUAUGCAAAGUUGCGGAAUACCUAUACUUGAGUUUUAAUAUUAAACACUAAUUUGGCGUAUCCGAUAAUACAGAUAAACUUACCGUCAUCGUCAUAAAGUCCACCGUUUUAACGAUUAUUUUCAAAUGCCCGCGUGAAUAAUAAAAUUACGUGUAAUAUUAUAAUAGGUAUAGGUACAACAAUGUAUUCGAGAAAAGCCGGUAGCCGUUAGGCGGACAAUAAAUUAUUGUGUACAUACCUAUUCCAAAACACAUACAAGUUAUUUUAAAAUUACCUAUUAAAAUACUUCUUCGCUCAGUUUCAAUUUACAUUUUGGCAUUUAAAAGGUUUAUUUAUAAUUAGUGAUUUACAUUUUAUUAUUAGACUGUAUUUGUAAUAUGGUACAUUUCGUGUAUUAAAUAGUCUCGACGUUUUAUACUAAAUAGGUUCAAGUACCUUAACAAUUUUCAACUGAACAAAUCGUUUUGAUAUUAUGUAUAAUACAGUAUCGACGACGGUUAAAACGGUAAAAAUAACGAAUACAUAAAUAUAUAAACGAUAUUUCGCUGACAGGUAUUGGCUAAAUAUUAUUUAUGCGGUUAAAAUAUUAAUGCGAGGAUAAAAAGUUAUUCGUAAUAAAAAUGAAUUCGAUACGUAAAAAAUCUGUAGUAUUAUAAUUACAAUAUUGUUUAAACAUACUGGUAUAAAGUUAAUCGUAUUUGUUAACAUUAUUAUUUUUUAGAAUAUUAUUUUGAUCGAUUUAAUCAUAUUUAUAUAACAUAAUAAUUGUACCUAUAUAUAUGUGUGUUUAAAUUUCAAGUUUUCGCUCAACAAGGUAAAUUAAUUUUAUCGUCUAAAAUACAAUAUUCACUUUGUAUACCUACCGGUUUCUUUCGUAUUAUCCGUAAGAGAUUCCGGGGAUUAUCAUUUCAACGUCAUCUAUACCUUUCCAACCUAGUAUAAUAUUCUUAAGAUAUUCCUGCAAGACAUUGGAAGUCAUACUUCAACAAUCGGUUCUACGAUAUCGUUAAGUCUUAUACCGCCGCCGUCGUUGUUUUAAAAUGUGAUACUGGCUGUACGGAGUAUAUUAUCUAUAUGCUAAAUACUUGAAAUGGAUGUAAGGUACCCGUGUUUAAAAAGACAAUAGGCCUGAUUAUAAACACUAUAUAGUAUAUCUGUAGCAAGUUGAUAGAAAGUAUGACCCUACGCCGGAGAAAGGCAUAAGUUACCGACAAUUUGAAACCGUACUCUGAUCUAUAUCAAAUUGCUAGGUUUUUUUUUUUUUUUUUUUAAAUUCAAAUCGUCGUGAAAGCAAAAUCAAACCUAACAAACUGGACGACGAAGUUUACGUUCGCGUUAGAUAAUCGUUGUGAAUUAAACGCAAACGCCAUGUUUCUUAUGAUUCUAUAAUACUACGCGGUUCCUUUUAACGUUAAUCCGCAGUUUACACGUCGUAUCCUACAAACUGUACUUAUACAUAUAUAUAUAUAUAUACAUAUUUUUUUUCUCUUUUCAAUAAAAAUCGUUUAGCAGACUCGCGUAGAGAUUAUAGUAUAAUAUAUAGAUUUUGACAAGUUUUAUUAAUUCAGUCAGGUCAUGUCCGUAGGUAGUGGUUUGGCGUGAUGUAGUCAGUGGUGUAAGCAAUCACCAAUAAUUGUGUAUACCUGUAUCUCCAUUUAUUUUUAUUACCUAUCUCAAGCGAGCCGCUCACCAUGUAUUUAACAUACAUAUAAUCAAAAAUGAUUUAAAUAAUUAACCGUAACCCUAAAUAAACACUAUCGAGUGAUUAUAAUACAGCGGAAUCUCGAUAAGUCGAACUGUUUGAAGUCUACGUGUAAAGAUGCCUGAUUAGAGUUUCAAUAUUGCAGUGUUGUAUGUGAUCGUACCAACGCUGAUGGUAUCGUAAAUAGCAUCAUGCUAUUGAUAUCACAAUGAUCGGUCGUAUAGCACAGUGUUUUUAAACCUGGGAGGUCGCCAAAAAUAUAAAAUAUUGGGUUGGUUGUCGUGUAUAAAAUCUAAGGGUAGCUAAAAAAUUAAAUAUUCAUAUAGGGGUUCGCGACAGUAAAAAAGUUGAGAAAUACUGGUAUAACACGUUUUAAAGUUGCUGCUUAUAUAUGUGUUGUCAUCUCCUUGUACUAUUUCAAAAUGUAAUGUAACUAAUUAAAUAAUAUAAUUUUACUUGAUCUUGGCUUAAAUUGUUUAAAUAAAAAUAUAUUUAUGAUAUUUCUUUAUUAUUGAGAGUGUAUAGAAAACGCUUACAUUGCCAUUAUAUUAUGCACGCCAUCACGCCACUGUCACGAUGCGUAUUUUCGGAUAUACCGAUGCAAUUUUCGCGAACGUUAUACAUCCGUUCGAGUUGUUGCCAUGUAUUUAUUAUUAUUAUUAUUAUUAUUAUUAUUAUUAUAGUACUAUGUAGAGACGGGUACCGCGAGGCAUAUAUAACGGUCUCGAGAAUAGAUCCCUUGCUUUUAAUUAAUUUAAAUAAUUAUUAUUUGUACAUUAAUCGGAACGAAUGCACACCCGGGGCGACGUUGAAAAUAAUACGAAAACCGAACUCUGCGAAAAGUCCAUUGUUAUCCUCGACAAAAUUGCGGACGGGCUCUUUUCGCAGGGCAGGGCUAUCCGCGGUAUACUCUCGAUUCGCAUUUUCGCCUCGGAGAAAAAAUACGCGGGUAUACAUGGACGUUGGAAAACGUUAUACCCAUUUAAUAAUUAUUAGGCAACGGAUGAGAAAUUUACGGAUUUAUCGUUACUUCCAUUUAAACGAUAAGUGUUUUUGGUAGCGUGGGAUAUAAUAUUAUAGCGUGCCUAUAUAUUUUUCGGAUUUCUCUUCGAGUAUAAACAAAGAAAAUAUUAAUUUGCAUGUCGAUCCUUCAAGUAUAUUUAUGUGGGCGUUCGUUAAUCGGUAAUUACGCGAAUAAUUAAAUAUAGUGUAUAGGCACUUGUUUCAAAAGUAAAAUCACUAUAAGUAAUUACUACCUAUAAUAUACUCGUAUUUUUUUUUUUUUAUAUAAUCACAAAAAUGCACUACAUUUGCAUGUUUGAAAUAUUCAAAUAGUAACACGUACGGACAAUCUGCAUACAGAGGCAUUUCUCUCUCGGAAUAAUACGUUCUAUGUGUUAUUAUUAUAUUAAAUGUGAAAAACGAAUAAAUUAUUCGCAAACAAUAUGCAUGUAGGUAAUUAUCAGGUAUCAAAGUUUAAUAAUCGUUAUUAUUAUUAUCAUUAUUUUUUAUUUUAAAUCUAUAUAGUUAAUCUAUAUAAGUAUUCGUUAUGAUAUUGUUAUUAUGUCGCGCGGUCAUUAUUCCGCACAAUAAUAAAUUAUUUGUAAUAUUGUUGAAAGUAUACACAAUAUACAUAUGCAUAGGUAGCGUAUAAAAGACUGUUGUUAACAAAUCGUUUAAAUACCGCAAAUACUUCACGAUAUUCUUGAAAGAAAGAAAACCAAAGAUCCGUUGUAAUCAUAUAUUAUAGUCAUUGGCGGCUCGAAAAGGAUAUACGCAUUUGAAUCGCGUGAUUCGCGAAAAAAACGGGUGGGCGGGUGCGUGGAUUACUGGGUGUUCAGAAAUAUGACAAAAAAUACUAUGUUUUUACAAAAUAAAAAUUUCAUUAAAAGAAUUUUAGACUGUGCGGAAAUGUGAUAAAUUUGACGAAUUUUAUUAGAAUUUGUUAAAUUUCAAUACAUUUAUAGCAGGGUGGAAGUAUUUUGGGUUGGCAUGAAUGGGUGGGAAAUUAAAUCGGUGUUUCAAGGUACAAAAAUACUUCGAGCCGCUACUGAUUAUGGUUAUCGCCGACUGCAACGUUCCAUCCGCUACGAACACCGUCACGAAAACUUAAGAGCCUGAUUUAAAGAAAUAGAGGCCCCAUACUGAUGACCUUUACAUUUUGCUUAUCGACCUAUCUCCGAGUGUCUUUUAUAAUUUAGCACGGUCGUGAUAGUUGCUUAUUCAAUACAAUAUAUAUAUUUGUUUUUCACUGCGAAAACCCUAAUCGAAUACCGUUAUAGUCGUCGGGAGUUCGCCCCGACAACCAACGACGAUGAUGAUUUAUCGCGAAGACGACGACGACCGUAUUAAAAUACGUUUAGCUGACGGACAAAAUAAACUUGACGGUUUCGUCGGGAUCGUUGACGUACAUUAUUAUAAUACGAGUAUAAUAUCUAUACAUACAUGUAGAAGACUGUUUUGAUUUUUAACUUUAUUUUUUUUUUUUCGAAUUAAUCCUGGAAAUUGCUUCCUUGUGGUCAUUUGUGGAAAUCUAUUAAAAUUGAGGUUUUAUCAUUAUUUUUAUUCAUAUUAUAAAGUUGUACACCUAACUCGGCCACUUUUUGACCAAAAAUGUUCAAAUAAAGUUCAUUUUGUAAGUUAUGAAAAAACCUUGCUUUCGGUCCUUGGUUAUAGAUCGGCUUUUCAUAGACUAUGAUGAGUUGAGAAUUAAAAAAAAAAAUGCUGAGAAUCCGUAUAGAUUUCUACAAAUGAGCUAUUCUAAUAACUGUACAAUAUUAAAUUUGAUUCCGAGUGAAAAAAAAUACAUAAUAAGUUGUAUAUUUAUUUGCGUUCUUUAAGAAAAAAUCAUGUAUCUACUACAACCUCGUAACUUAACGAGUAAAUGUGUGAAAACAGCCUAAUACGCAGGCGUUUGAUUUUCCAAACGAUUUAUUUUUCAUUCGUCGCAAGGCCGCGUUUUCCGUCCGUCAGGAAGGGAGAAAAAACACCCGGCUUCACACACAAGGUCCGCCGCGCUCCUUAAGUAACGUUUAACGAGGUAAUUUCAUACACCGUGCGCCGGCCGGCUUACAUACUGCGCGGUGGUGUACCCUCGGCAUCGUACGAUAAAAAAAAUAUUUAUAUAUAUAUAUAUGCAUCGGUUUAUUCUAAAAAACGAGUUGUGUUGUACGUACGUAUACACACAUACGAAACACUAUACGUUUGCCUUGAAAAUAAUCGCGUGCGUAUGUGCGUACGGGCUCUCGUGUGCGGUAAGGUUAUCAAUGUUAAAACAGUCGGAAUUCAGUCUUGAUCGCGAUGCAGCGUAGCAAGGGUCGAUUAUAAUAUGAGCUUUGUUGUUAUUACCACGUUCGCAGACGUUACCGUGCCGUAGUUUAACGGUCGAUUAACGCUACGGAUACUUUUGUUUUCGCCCGCGUUUUUUUUCGACAUAAUAUUAUUUCGAUCGCGGUCCAGAUCGGAUUUCGUUAGUACGUCUCCCCCCCCCCCGACCGUAUCCAAUAUUAUUAACGAUAAUAUUUGCGCGUUUGCCUGUUUUACUGUACUUUUAUCGCCGUCUAUCGCGUAUUUCGGCAAAUGAUCGUAAAAAAAAACCGUAUCGUUUGACGACCGGCAGCGAUAGUAAAAAUCAUGCAACGCGUCCGGCACCGGUGUCCCAGUAUGGAAUUGGAAGAUUCGUUUUGCGUUCUAAACGGUAAGCCAUCAGCCCGAAUCGACGAAAAGUCCGCUAUAGCAGGUAUAGGGUAGGUACGUGACGUAUAGUAAUGCAUACGUGUAUAUAGAUAGGUAUAUACGAAAACGGUCGUGACUACUUUUACUUUCGGUCCAACCGGUGCACCUGUAGGUUAUUAAAAAUAAUAAAUAAAAUAAAUAUACCUAUGUAUAUAUAUAAUAAAAUAUCGUUUGAGGCUAUACACGAUUCGGAAGUUUCUAACUGGUUCGUUUGUCUUAUGCCCACGUUAAAGUUUUGAACGUUCGUUAUUAUUAUUAUUUCCUUUUUAACCGUUAUCUGGGGAAUAUGUAACAAUAUUGUUGUACGUAGCCCCUCCCCCACUUUGCUAUAAAAACUCGAGCAUCGACUAGUGUAUUAGUAAAUUAUACCAAUUUUAUUAUUAUUAUUAUUAUUAAUCGGCCCGGAGAAAUGGAAAGCAUAAUUCCGACCGUUUAAAAAUCUACACCGCCGCACGCGUUCUGCGUUAUGUCACAAUCGGAAGACUCCUUUUGUCGAACUAAAACGCCGACAAAAAAAAAAACGGGUACAUUAUAAAAACCGACGUCACGUACAUCACUGCCAUGUUCAAUAUUAUUGUACAAUAUAAUUUUACAUUACUGUACAGUAUUAUUCAAUGUUCCAUAUUGUUAUUAACGAUUAGCGAUAAAUUAUUAAGCUAAAAUUCAUUAUUAUCAUUCGAUACGUUUUUUUUUCUCUCACUCGUACAAUCGCCAAUUAUUAUAGUGGGGAUUUAAACGAUAGAACACACGAGUGUAUAAUUAAACGUUUAAAUGAGUUGUUAUCUAGCUCGUUAUUCGAAUAUAUUUAGCAGAUAAAAUAACGAAACGCUAUGUCAUCGAAAUACGAACGCGCUUGUUUUACGAUUAAUAUUAUAAAGCCAAAAAAAAAAAAAAAUACAAAGUGAUCAUCAUCGCCUACAACGAUAGCGUUUUAUAAAUGGUGACAAAUUAUGUUCGCGUGCAAAAUUCAUUAUUACGUUUUAAUAGCGUAUAUACGAGAAUAUUGUAAUAAUAGUCGUAAUAUCGUAAACCAUCGUGUAAAACGCAUAAAUAUUAAUAGGCGGAUAGUCAAUACAGUAGCAAAGUUAUUAUGAAACGGAUUUAAUUUCGAUUUAGGCCGAUAAAGUCCGGUGUAAGAAGUAAUUUCGUAACAACGACGUUAAUAUGUUCUAAUAUUAUUGCGACUUUGGGCCCAAUAAUUUGGUUUAUUAUUCAAAUUAUACGAUGAACAAUAUCGUACACGCCAAGUUUAUAAUUAUUAUUAUCAGUUAUUGUCCAGACUUUAUCCCGUUCUGGUAAUGAAAGGUGAAGCCUAUAACCUAACCGUCGUCGCGAUUAUUCAUUGUGCGUCCUUAAUUCUUUAAUAAUGCGAACGUUAAAAUUAUAGGUAUUUUAAAUUGUUAUCUAUUAUUUCUUAAGCUAAAAUUGUACCGUCUGGGUUAACUAGCGUGCAUGUGUGUAUGUGCUAUUUCACAUGAUGGUUUUCAAUGCAACGGUUUCGUCUUAAGUAACAAUAAAAUCGUAAACAAAAACAUCGGAACAUCCUGUAACCUAACCUAACCAGUAACAUAAUCACGACGCGCACUUACCGCAUAAACAAGUUCUAUUACUACGAGACUAGUUUUUCACUUGAUAUAUUUUCUAUAAAUGAAAAUCAACCCUGUAUUUUGUUGCUUUGUUGUUUUUGAACGACGGUGUUGUAAUACAAGAAACAAAAAACGAUAGGUAUACCUCAAUAAAAAUAUACCUAUGCGUAAUUCUUAAAUUAGUUUAUUUAAAACCGAGUUUAUUGCCGACAGCAUUGUAAUAAUAAUAAAAACUUUUUUUUUUUCAUAAAAUAAAUACUUCAAUUAGGCAGUCUAAUUGUAAUUUUGUAUACGCGAUGCGAUUUAAUAUUUAAAACCUAUAAAGAAUUGAGCUAAAAAAAAAAAAAAAGAUUAAAAUGAUACUUUCUUUAAGUUGUAUUGUACUGCGUGACAAUAGCUAUAGUGUGUGCUCUUCUUCCUAUCAUAUUUCAAGGUUUCGUCUUCCAUGUUUUCAGGCUUCGCAGGAUUCUAUGCUUAACUAUGUCAUGGAUAUUGAAUUCUAGUCGGUUUUUGUUCUUUUCAAUAGGUAGUAGGUAUAGUAGGUACGUAGGUAGGUACUCACGUUAAUGCGCACGAAGACUUUUUUUUUGCAUCAAUUGUUUUUGAAAAUUAGGGAUUUGAUCGGUUGCAUCAUAAUAAUACAUAUUGUGUAGGCACUUCAAGUAUUCGUAUUUUAUGUAUUAUUUGAACUGGGCUCGAGUUUGCGGUGAUCAAAACCAGUUGGUUUUUUUUAUUUUUACUUUCAAACGUAUAAUACAAGUGUUAUACAUCUAUAUGCUAGCUUCCUUGUCAAGUGAACCGGUUCCUUAUUAUAUUAACAUUGCAAAUGCAAUAUUGUCGGUUUCUAUACAUUUCAACAAUGGGGAUAUAUUAUACUAUAUGGAUUUAUAAGGUAGAUAUAAAGAAAAAAAAUUCUGAACAAGAAAUCUAUAACAUAAACUAUUUAUGCGAAUAAAUGGGCAAACCCCACUUUGAAAUUCUGUUCGAAAAAACGUUUCUCUAUAGGCAUACGUAUUAGUAGGUGCACGUUGCACGUUUUCGAAUGAUGCGGGUGCAUUAUUAUUAAAUAAAUUAAAUAAUAUUUGUUACGUAUGGGUAAUUCAAUAAAUGUACACACGUCAUAAUUUUUCUCGCAUUUCUAUACGUUAAUAAAAGUAAUAAUAUAUAUAUAUAUUUUUUGUUAAUUUCCUACUUUAUAUCAACAUACCUAGUUUAGUACGGAACGAAUAGUCACGCCCUUGAAAGCCGGUUAAAUCCUAUUUUUCAUUAAAAGAAAAUUAAAAAAAAUAUAAUGUAACGUAGAUACUAUCAUCAAUAAAAUAUACCCUAUAACGUUAUUAAGAUUAUAUUUUAUUAUUAUGUUCCUUGUUCGGUGUUCCGGUAUAGAUUCGUCCAUAAACCAGAUUACCAUAAAGUUGAUAAUGAAAUCUAACACGCAAUGGAAAUUAUACGCAUUUUUCAAAUUAAUAAUUAUGUAUGCACAUUGUUUAAACUUCAUAUGAGCGCUUUCAAAAUAAAUUUCUUUCUUACCUAUCGCGUUUGCGUUAUCCGAGACUUUUUCAAUAUGUCAACAGUAUCUUACCGAAAUCGAUCGUUGCUUUCAAACCUCGCUUUUAGACGGCACUUUGGACGUUCCUGAUGUUAUAUCCAACAUCACAUAUUCCGUGCCCCAACUCACUACGCCAGAGACCAUCCUCUAUUCAUCAUUCCUUCGCACUCCGCCUUUUACGGACAAAACCACCCGCUUUACCGAACGAUGCGUUUUUUGAAUUACACAAAUUAUUUAGUCUAAACUGUUUUGUUCUUUGGCCAUUAAUGAACAAACAGGAUUUUGCUUAUUUUUUUUGGAUGUGUAGCUGAGUGGCAAGUUCUAUGGAAAUUCAUUAGGUUACUAGUUAAUUUAUGAAAUUUAAAAGCGCUUUUUUUUUAAAAUUUUAGAAAAAUAAAAAUUGUUUUCGUUUUAUUUUGUUGUUUUUUUAAUAAUUUAUAAACGUUUUUCUUUUAGAGUUUAUAAUCGAAUUAUUUUAACUGUCUUAAGUGCUACAAGCCCCACCGAACCUGGAUCAUGUUAUUACAAUAUAAAUAUAAAUUCGUAACUUUCAUUGAUUUUUACUUAAACACUGCAAUAGAACAAAAGAACGAGCGAAAUAUUCUGCUUAAUAUUUGAAAUUGAUUAAUUAUUGUUGGUAAAUUGAAUAAUUUACUAUUGCUACUGCAUUGGUUAAUGUAUUUUUUUAGUACCGAUAUACAUGAUACUAUAAUAGAACAUUAAACCUGUAAAAACAAACUUGUUUGCACAUUGAAUUAUAAAAAUAUCUGUAUAGUUUAACUAACAAAAUUAAAUCGGAUGAAAUAAUAUUAUUGUUAGCUAUAGCUAUGUUAUUGAAGCGUUGUAAGUUUAAAAAAAUAAAAUAAAAUAAACGAAAAUCAUCGUCGAGAGAAAAUAUUAUUAUUAUUGUUAUAAAAUACCAAUGCUCUCCGUAGUCUCUGUGUACACCGUGAACGUGUCUCCAGAUUGUCCAGAAAAAAAUCCAUCGGUCUAUGUCAUCCUGUGUGGUAAAAGUGAACAAAAAAAAAGUCAAUUCAUAACCUUGGACGAAGGUUAAUCGUGUUUCCUACUUCCACGUAGGUAUACUUACACUUUCUAUGCCCGGUCGUGAAGAUAGUUCCGACAGUUUAUAAUAUAUAAUAUAAUGUACCUAGACAACUAGACGAUUGACUAACUGUAAAAUAAUAGUAUCAGAUGAAUGCAAUAAAAACGUAUAAACUUAGACAUAACCGACUGUAAUACUUUAUCACGAUCACAAUAAUAUUAUCGUCAAACGGAAUUUCGAUUUUUAAUUUUUUUUUUUUUUUUUUAUAACAUCCAAUAUAAUAUAUAGUUUAAUUCUAAUUUAAAAUCUAUGUGUCACGGUUUUAAAUUGUUUAAAUCGUAUACGAAUACAUCUAUAUAAAGUCCCUUUGAUUGACCAAUCGUGUUCUAGGUUGGCCAUAUGCAGCAUAUAAGGUCACAAAUCAGCAUUCAAUUAUUAUUUGAAAUUUGAACGCGAUGAUAAUAUUAUAUUCCAUUCCGAAGAAGAUUGAAAUCGCUAGUCUUUGAAUUUAUGUUAAAUGUAUUAUAGCUAUCGCAUUUACUGUAAACGUUCGUUUUAAAACGCAUAGCUCGGUGUCCAAGUUUGAAAUCAAGUUUUCAACUUAAAUGUAAUAUUUACCUUAAAAUUUAAAACUUUUAGUUGACAAUUUGUUAAAAGUUUCAAUGCAUAUAAUACAAUAUAUGACAUUUUCGAAUAAUUUGACUAUUUUUCCAUCAUUUUUACUCUCUCGGAAAACAUUUUUUGGGUCGGUAAAAAUAUUCUGAAUUUUCAUGUUAUAACUUUUUAAUUGGGUUUUUUUUAACAGAUUGUUUUUAUUUAAACAAAAUAUUUAGAUUUUCAAUAGUUUUUCUAUAAAAUUUAUAUAAAAAAAAAAACUCAUAACAAAUGUUAGUUUUACAGUUGUGUUGAUUUCUACAGGAUUACCACAUGGCUACAAGGCAAAAAACACGAACGACUUAUACUACCCCACCUAGAAUUGUUUUUCGAUUUCAAUGAUUAAACGUUGCUUUCAGAAUAUAAACAUUACUCUGUACAUUUCAAACGUCCGUCUAUCUAUUACACUAGGCACUACACACGGUACGAGGUACGUCCGGCUUUUUUUUUUUAUAAUGGCUCGAUAUCUAUUUCAUAACACUGUCGUUGUCACUACAAGUAUUUUCUGGGUCGAAAAAAAAAUAAACACCGUGUGAAACCUGCAAUAGCUUCUUCGGUCCGUUCACGAGUCACGACCUAACCAAGUGAAAACAACCAUGACAUUUAAACGGAAAAUCGAUUAGGUAUUGCUGAUAGUAAUAAUAUUAUAGUACCAGUAAAAACUAUUUGAGUUUUAAUAUUAAUCCAAAAUUAUAUAGUAUACAAAAUAUACAUUAUAAAAAUGAAAAAAAUAAAUAUUAAAUAUAAAUUUUAAUAUUUCACUUGCCAACGAUAUCUAUUAAACUAUAUGCAGUUUUCAAACAAUCAUUCAAUUACGAUUAAUUAAAUGACCCAUGAGUCCAUGUAGCCAAUAUACCUAUCAUUAUGUUAUCAAUCAUGCAAUAAGUAUCAAUUAUUAACUUUCAUGCAAAACGAGUUAAAAAUUAAUUCCUGUAUACGCAAUUGCUUCUAUAUCAUAUAUAGUAAUCAUCAUCAUAUUAUACUAUAGAAUAUAUUAUUUCAAAAUUAACAAUGAACAAUAAUCAUGCGACCUAAAUUCACUGAAAAACAACAUUGAAUAAUAUUUUAAAGAUGGGUAGGUAACUAAUACAUUAACCAUUAACUUGGGAAUAUACUAAAAACCUUCGAUUUCCACUUAACUCGGUUCUAUUAAUUUCUUCAAUCACGUUUUUAUUUUAGUUUGACUUCUAUCUAUAAUGCAAUAAUAAUGCAAUAGCCGACUGCAACGUUCUUGUAAUAUAAACACAAAUACAUUCGGAUUCAAAAAAUAAAAUAAAUAUACAUAUAGUGAUGCAUUCUUUGGAUAAAAAAAAAAAUGUUGUCUGGCCGUUUUAAAAUUAAAAAUAAUUGGAAUGCCGACUCGUGGAAUUAAAAAUAAACAAUUUAAAAAUAACGCUAGUCUGUAUUAUAAUAAAGAAAAAAAAACUCGUUAAAAGUGUUAAAACGUUUUUUUUUUCUCAUCACCUUUAUGACGUCAUGUUAUGAUAAUUAAGAUCUAAUGUCCAUAAAAUGUGACAUCUUACAAAUAAUGUACACGGAAAUUCAUAAAAGGGAACUGUUGGGUUAGAUUAAGUUUUUUAUAUGGGUCAACCUUUUUCUGGUUCUGUACCAACUACAAAAAAAAAUAUAAUAAAUAUUAUUCAGGAGAUUGCAGUCGUUGAAAAAAAUGGCAUUUAAACUGAAAAACUAGAACAAAUUUCUGGGUUUAGGUUUGACAGAUUAAAAAUUUUGAAAAUGGAUCAAUUUAUUAACAAGUUUACUUGUUAUAACAAAGACGAUUUUAAAUAAUUCGAAAAUUAUAUUCAUUUGAUGAAGAAUAUAAAUAGAAAAAUAACAUUUUUUUUUUUUAACAUAGAAUCACAAAUAAAAAAAUUAAUUUUUAAAUUGCCUCCGUCGUAAUCAAGUAAAUUUGUUAAUCAAAAUUAAAAAUCUUGACAUUUUUGAACUAUAACGUCAUAUUUGACCGUAAAAACGGCCGUUUUAUUUGGCGGUAAUUAAAAAACGUAUCAUUAAAUGUAUACAAAAUUUUGAAUUUUGAAAAUCGAUUCUAAUCCUUAAUUACCUAAACGUGUUUUAAAAUAGAAACUAUUUAACCAAUUCAACCAAAUACACGUCAUACGAACACGCAUUCAUAUUUCUGGAAUAUGAUUUAUUUAGGUAACAUUAUAUAACUAUGAUGUAGGUACCAACUGUAAAUACCAGUGGCGGAUUAAAGGAGAAAUCCACGCCUGUUGGUUGUUUCUGAACACUAGUAAUAUUAUUUUUGAAUAAAUAUAUUUUUUUUUUUAUUUUAGAUCUUAACACCUCUUAGCUGUAUAUAUAGUAUAAUGAUAUACUCGGCUAAAUAUUUUUUUUUCACACAAUUACAAUUCGUAUAAUUUACUCUCUUGCGGAUGUGGCUGUGGGAGGGUCGUCUGGUCAACCGUCUAUUAUUUCCCCGUUAAAUCCGACACCGAUAAAUACUGUUAUUAAACAAAUUAACGAGAUUACGCUGUUCAAACAUAUUCAGUUUCCUGGUUUGUGCCCGUAUGAAAUUAUUGAUACCCUAAAGAAUUUCGAUAGUAACUACAGUAUAAGUACCUAAAUCAUAGUACCAGAGCUUGAAAAAGUAUGUCUGAUUUCAAACGUAUUAUUAUAUAAGCCAUAAGCAGACUCGAGAAAAAUAUUUUUUAAAAGUGUUCGGCAUAAAUAUUCGAAUACAUACAACGAAUGGUCAUUCCGCGAGCAAUUCACUCGAAUACUUAACAAAACAAUGUUAUUUUCAAAAUAUUCUGAAUACUUUGCAAAGUGUCGCGAAAAAUGUUUCAAAAUAAAGCAUCACCGGGUAAGAAUUUCGCGUCUUUUGUAGUAAUGCCUACAAAAUAUCGGGGCGUUUUUACUUACUGAAUAAAAAGCAUAUGUACUUCUUCUAGUAAAAACUCGGUAUCUAAAAUGAGUGACAAAAUACAAUUUAAUUUAAAAAAUAAAAUUAUUUUUAAAAAUAUUUCAUAUGCAGCGUUCAGAAUGCACUUCUGCUACCUACUCGACCGGUAAUAUAAUUUUCGUAUAUAUUUUCGAAUUCGUGAAUUAUUUGCCAAGUGUUAUUAUGGUUACAAAUGACUGUUAUAUCCGCAGUCGACAGUUAUCGUAUAUUUUGCUGAUUCGAUAUUUGAAUAUUUGUUGUACAGUUUAUUAUUAUUAUGCUAUGUGCGGCUACAAAGUUAAACGUUUAUUGUUCAUAUUGAUUUAUACGCACCAGGAUACACAUAUUUAAUUAAAUAUUCAAUAAACAUAGCAUCCAUAUUUAAAAAUAAGAGUAAAUAAUAUUAUGAAUGAGUUCUGGUAUUGUAGGGUCUACUUAUUUAAAAAAAAUAGCUGUAGAGCGUCGCGAUCGUGCGUUUUUUAUAUUAAGCAUGCGAGUUCGUUUAACUUCCGUAUUUAAGUGAUUUCAUCAUCAUCAGUAUAUAUUUUGUUGAUUAUCUAAAUUACACGAGACCUCUUUUACCAUUUUAGACAGUCUUGCGUGUUUAUCAAAUUUGUCUCUCUCAGAAGUCAGUUCAUUAUCUUUCAAACAUUUCAACCACUUUGGUGGUAUAAUAUCAUAUUCUUGGUCGUUGCGAUCCAAAAAAAUAUGCUAGUCCAAUUGUCCUACACUCUUCGACCAGUACAAUAACUUUAAAGCAGGGUGUUCCAUUCCACCCAUUUCAACCUAGAAUGUCGAAAUUCAUUGAAAUAUUUUUUUAUAAUAAUUACAUUAUUUCUAUGCAUUAUAAGAAAAUAUAUAAUUUCUUAAUUCACCAAUCAGACAUCUCUAAAUCGUAUUGUUUGAGAUUCAAACAAUUUAAUAUUGAUUAUUAAAUUAUUGAUUUUGAUAUCUAAAAAAUUACUUUUUCACUUGCUUAUUCCUCUUGUUCUACUUCCACUUACACUUACUUACUUGUGUAGGGAUUACAAUCUAUAUUUGUGUAGCCACAAAGAAUAACUAUAAUAUACGUACCUAUAUAUUAUAUUGUUUAGUAAUAAUUAUAAUAGGUACAUAUCUUUCAAGUUUCAAAACUUGAUAGCAUAAAUAUAAAAGGUAUGACGUAUUAUUGGAUAUUUGCUUAGGUAAUUUUUACAGAUUCAUCUUUGUAUUUUUCUUUUUCUUUUUUAUUACAAACUGGUCCAUAUUAUAAUUUGUAUUCACCACUACGACACAGGCCAUAUACGGGCAUACAGAACAAUAACAAAUUAUCUCAUUAAAUUGUUAUUAUUAUUUCGGUUUUCGAUACUUCGGUGGACGUUGUUUGCCUUGCGGUUACCACCACACCAUGUUUGCGUUUCAGUUAUGGUUACUGAACCGUAUUUGAUAUUAUUUAUAGCUGUGCUUCGGGACCAGGGGUUCACCAAGAAAUAAUAAUAUUAUGUCAAAAUUAUUGAUUGCAGGGAAUUUUGGAAAGUUAGGAAUGUUUUUUGUCUGAUUUUUUCAUUGAAGGACGACCUCCAAUACUGUCUUCGAAAAAUAACUAUACCCAUAUUUGGUUGAUAUGCUUUCAUGUGUAAUCCAAAAUACACGCUUUAUAUUAGGAAACUUCGGGGGGGAAGGGGGUUAUUUUGAAUAAUUCACGGAAAGCACAUAUUCAUAAUGAAAAUCAAGCGAAGGUUUAAUUGUGUAGCGAACGAGGAGGGGAGGACGAUUGCCCACAUCAUCUCUAUCCACCACUGGAAAACACUAUUUUAAGCCAUGUUAAAUUUGUAUAGAAAAAUACAAAUUAAAAUCAAUCACCUUUUUUUAUGAAACUCGUAAACCUACUUUUUAUGAGAACAAAUCAUAAUAUUAAUGCUAAAAUUUCGAAAUGUAUUUUUACAUUUUAUAUUUUUAACGUUGAUUAUUUUAUGUACCUAUGUAGUUAAUUUAUAUAAGAACAACUGCACUUAAUAAUGGCUGUAAGUAUAUAUCGAGUCGAACCGAUUCGUGUUUAUAACAUGAAUUCUAUGAAUCGUUCCUACCAUCAAUGUUAUUUUAACGUAACUGCAAAAAAAAAAAAAAUGUCCAAUUUAGAUUUCCUGUUUCGAUCAUCUACAAUAUUAUAAUAUAGAGGUGUAUACCAUAAUUACAAUAUUUCUAUGUUAUAUAUUUUUGCACGAAUACCUUCACUAUUCAAAUAUAUCACUUUUUAAUUUUGAAACAAUAGCUUAAAAUUUCCCAGUCGUGAGCCACCUUUAUCUACGAGCUAUAGCGUUCGAUAUACAACAUUUUUUUUUCUUAUUAUAAUUAUUAACAAAGUAUUAUUACCUCAUGAGUGAGAUUUUUCUUCGUGCAUCGUAAUAACCAAGUGGUUAUGAUUGUUACUUCAGUAUAAUAUUGACUGUGCUGCAGUGUACAGUGUAUUAUACAUGUAAAAGAAAUAUACUUUCCAUAUACAAAUAUUGCUCAAGGGGGAAUCUCGAUAGUUCGAUGCACUUUGCAAACAAAACUUGUUAUAAUAAAUAACGAUAUUAUAUUUUGUCUUCUACAUCACUGUGAAAAUAUAGCAUAAUAAUAAUUCUUUAAUGGCAUUUAUACAUACGUCAUUAUGUUACAGUAUUAGUUUUUGAAUUAAAAUUACGCCUAUAACCUAAAUUUCCUAUAUUUACUUAUUCUUAUACACGUAGCCUUUUAUAACGAUGAGUGUUUGUUUUCCACAAUAUUGGGUAAUUACAUGACGUGUACUGUGUACAUUGUACACAUAUUGAACAGAACGUGUAGGCACGACAACUUAAUGCAGUUAUUCUUUUCGAAUAUCGUUCCGGGAUAUUGUUUUCUAUUUCGAAUACGCAGACACCUAAAUAAUAUACGUACCUAUAUAAUAUUAUGGGAGAUAAAACUAUAAAUACCGUUUGUAAAUCAAAAGUUUAUAUAAUACUGUUAUUACCUAUACAACACGCAGUUUGAACAUUUUUAGACAUUUUUAAUAUUAACGUAUCAUAUUUUAAGGGUUAACCAUUUAUAAGGGUCACAAAUUAAAAUCAUAAAUAAAAAUGUCUACGAACAUAAUGUAUUUGAAACUGUUCACUAUAUAAAUAAGUGAAAUAUUUUAUACGAUAUAUUAUAUGUACACACUGCAAUAUAAUUACUAUAUAAUUACUCUACGAAUUUCACUUGCAUCCUUACUGUAUGUAUGUAUUUAUGUUUAGGUUUACACAUUAUAAAAUCAUAAAAAAAUGUAUAUAUAUUAUGUAUUAUGUGCACCUGCCCAUAUUUUUAUUGGGAUUGUUUUUUAACCGUUUAUAAUUGUUUGAGAAUAAAGGAAGUGAAAAAUAAGAACCUAACAUUUCCGCAUUAGAAUAUUAUAAGAACUAGAAAAUAAUAAAUUAAAAUAUUAUAUUGACGAGAUUACGUUCGUUUUUGAGAUAAAAAAAUAAAAGUCAUAUUGAUAUUAAAUUGUUACUUGUACAUACUAUUUCGUUCAAAUAUUCGUAACAUGAAAGUCUCUUGGAACGAAAUUUGUUUUUUUUUUUUUUUUUUUUUUUUUUUUUUUUUUUUUUUUGAAAUGGUGGUGAGUGGGUACAAAAAUAAACAUUUUAAGCAGAUUUUCAAAAUGUUAACCCUUACAUGCGCAUUUGCAAUACAAUUUAUAAUUAAAAUUAAAUAAAAAUGUCUAUAUAUUUUUUUAUCUUAAAAAUUAUCCGAGAUGUUCAGACGAUACAGUCAACAAAGAAAAAGAAUAACACUAAGGAGUUUUCAACCCCGGCGAAAAAAAAUCGAUUGUCUAAGUGGGUGUCAACUAUCAUGUUUAAACUAUUUUUUUUUUUUAUGUUCCUUUUAUACAAAGUUGUUGACACGUUAAUUUUGAUUUAUCAUGGUAUAUUUAUAACUGGAUCGUGUUUGUAAUGUAAGGAAGCAUUUUUUUCAAAUAUCAUUUAUACUUAAAUUCCACUUAGAUGUCAAUAUCGGCCCCUUUUUUACAUUUACGUUUUUGGUUUAUUUCAUUACUAUUUUUACUCAGAUACAAAUAAAAUUAAAAAUCAUAUUUAGUUAAUAACAUACUCGUACAUAUAUUUUCGAUUCAUAUAUGUAUUUAUUUAAUCCUCUCCUACCCUCAAAAUUGAAUUUGUAUUAAUUUUUAAUUUUUAUCGUAAUUUUUAAUUUGAACACUAUCUAUGUUUAAAACUACAAAGCUCUAGCUCGAUUUAAAGUAAGUUCUACGUCAUUUACAAUGAUCUAUCAUAGUCAGUCAUUGCUAAAAAUUGCGGUUUUUAGACAUUCAUAUUUGGGAAACUAUUUCAGAUAGAUAUAUGAUAUUUGAAACAAUGCUUCCUUUUAGUAACCCGUUAAGGCCCUUGAAAAAAUGUAUUCUUGUAACACAACUAAACUCGGAGAAAAAGAGAAGUCGAAAAGAAGCUUGAAAUGGUUUAUGUGAAAUACUACAUAGUUUGCGUGCGUGGCUUGACGCAUUGCCGUUCGCUCAGCUACUAUAUACUUGUAUACUAUUAUUUUUACUUGAUUGUAUAUCUUUCACGUAGAAAUUGUCCGUUUACAAUAUUAUCUUUAACGCCAUAAUUUAUAGUAUAUGCGUAUGUUUGACGUACAAUAGUAUCUAUAAUGUAGGUUCUAGGUGUAAAUUGUUGAAAUUUCACUAUAAUAUGCGCUUUUAUAUUAUUCAACAAAUACCUUAAAAUAUACCGCAGUAUAUAUACCAACCACGCCUAUUCUUCUAUAUCUAUAUUGUGCCCCGUUUCUAUAAUAUAGCAUAAUUAUCUCUGGAAACAUAUGGCGUUAAAUAUUCUGCAUUUCGUUUGACUAACUGCGCCCUUUUAAAGUUCAUGGAGUUCAUUUUUGUUCGAGUCAUUAUGAAUAUUCAUGGUACACAUAGUAUAUAGGUAUAAGUAUCAACUGUACGUGUACCGCGACAAUUUGACAAUGUAAAAUUCCGGUGAUACACCCUGUAUGGUACUCACGGUCUUAAUAGAACACAAAUGUCUAAUUUGUAAAUUGGAACAAUACGUUCACUUAUACGCGUAUAAAUUGUUACGUACUAGCUUUUAUUUUUAUAAUAUACCAUACAGAUAUUAUAUGUUUAAGGAAAAACAAUACUAGUUUAUGUUUUUAAAUUUUAAUUCAAUAUUUCAUGUAGGAUUACGAUCUAUUCGUUUGAAACCCUGAUCCGUGUAAAUAUUCGUAAUAAAAAAAAUGUAAUAACCUUAAAAUAUAAUACUUAUAAAUGAAUAUAACCGCGAUAUUUCCGAAAUAUUAGAACUGGUUAUAAUAAAAGGUUUCCUUAUAGUGUCUGAAAAAAUUGUCGUGAUUCACUUAUUUACUCUGCACGUAUAUAGAAACAGAUAAUAAUAUACUCAAAAUGAUUUAAAAAAAAAAAUCCACUUUCCAAAGUAUUUAAAGUACCUAUACGUAUAAACGAAUACAAUCAACAGUUUCUAAAAUUGCUAAUAAAAUAUAAAUAUCUAAACAAUUUUUUUUUUUUUUAUCGAGCUUUUAAUGAGCAAACUAGCUUAUAUUCAAUUUCUUACAAUCAUUACUUUUCACUUGAACACGAUUUUAUAAGGUCUCGAAACCAAUAAAUUCCAAUUAUUAUUUUUUAAAUAAAUUUCUCGCCGCUUUGUACGAAAUAAAAUUGAAAUUUAGAAAAAGUAUUUCUCUUUUACUGGCCUAAAAAAAUGUUUCAAUUAAAAAAAAUCCGGCAUUAUAAUAUUAUCAUAACGAGUGCCCCACUCUGAAUCUAAAAUGGCCGACAUUGUUUAACAUUUUUUUUUUUAUUAUUAUUACAUCAUAAAAUAUGUAUGUUAUUGUGGGUAUUAAUACUUGUGUGACAACUGUGUUUUAAAUUAAUUUUGACGUCAUAUAAAUUCGAAUAAAAAAAUAAAGUCAUGUACCUACAUCAUUUUUUGUAAUCAUGUAUAUUUGUUGCAUUUCAAUUGACCGAUUUUGUUAUAUAGUGUAUAUAAUGUACAAAAAUUUAACUGGAAACUUAAAACAUGUCGGACCCCAACGUAUAGGCGGGAAAAAAUGUACGAUAAUUUUUACUGAAUUACGACAAGAAAACCUUUAUCGAAAAUAACAGAAACCAUUAUCGCGGUAAUAAAGUUUUGUUUUCCCAUUUUUUCUCCGGUUAAAGGAAAGUCAUAAAAUCCUCAGUGAACUGACUAUAGACUAAAUUGUCCUCCGAAAAUCACUUCUGAUGUAUUGAUAAUUUGAGAAAGAUUUUCGGUAGAAAAGUAACAAUAACUAACUUUGGCGUGACUAGAAUUUUCAAGUUAUAUUGAGGCUUCUGGCGGAUUGGUCAAUUCUUAAACAUGUCAUAUAAGUGACAUAAAAAAUCAGAAGUAAAUCACUAAUGCAUAAUGCGCACAUCAGAUUCUAGAAUACUAUCAUGGUUUUCCCAACGAUAACCAAGAUUUCCUGUAAAAUUGACAACCAUUUGCAUACCGAUUUCCAUUAAUGAUUCACCCUCUAGUACAAACUACUGGCGGAAAUCUAAGUCCCCGCACGUCUCAACCCCAUUCCAUUUAAUUUAAAAACUUACUAAAAAUAAUUAAUACAAAUUUAUAUAUAGGAAGAAUAAUUCACAACACGGGUGUGUCACGCUGUUUUAGGUGUAAAGUUUGAGGUAUAGGUUAAUUUAAUGUACGCUACAAUAAAUAGUCGCUAACAAAAAACGAUUCUUAGCGAAUUUCGCUUAAAAAAUAAAUUAAAAAUUGAUCGAGGAACUGUGUACCCGCAUUAUAUAUGCUUUUAACAGGAACAACUUUACAGUGUUGAUUAUUUUAAUAUUGAAGUGGAUUUGCCUAUUAUCAAACCCAAGGAUGAGAACAUUUUCGGUUUUUUCGAAAUUUCAAUUUUCAAGUGAGAUGUAUGCAUUAUAUUAAAUUGUAUGAUAUUUCACGUACUCGGAUCUGUUUUAAAAAAAUUAAAAUAUCGAACGAAUAGCGCUAACGUAGCACCAGACACUGUAAGUUUGACAACGGGUCAGUUCACUCCAAUUAUUAAAACUCAAAAUUCUCUAAGUCGUACGUUUGUAAAACGCAGGACACAGCGCGCGCGGGUAGAACGUCUUUUUUUUAUUUUGAACUAUGUAACAAAACGAAUUGCGUCGCUUUUUAUUUUCCGUCUCGAAUUUUCGAGCGUGUGUACGGAACAUAAAUAUUCGUACAAAUCUCAACAGAGAAACCGUGGGGCGCGAUUUAUCAGUGUGCAAGGCGACGUGGGUAUUUAUUUUUUUUUUUUAAUAGGUAAUACAGUACGCAUUUUCCUACGUCAUAGUAUGUAUGUGCACCGAUAAUAUUACGCGUUUUCGUAUUGUGCUCGUCGCGUAACUGGUACGCGCGUUGAAAAAGUAAAAUGAAAACCCGAAAACGUUACACCCAGUCAUCGGUCGUUCGAACGGAAAAAAAAUUGUACGCAAUAACGCGAUUUAUUAUACUCUUACGUUAUUUUUUUUUUUUUUUCCUGUCUACUCUGUCAAUGAUGGCCGUGGCCCAUAUGUAUGCAAAACGAGGCACGGCUCUCGUAAAGCGUGCGGCGGCCGGCCGGCCGUUCGCGCCUCGUUUAUCCGCCAAAAACGUUAACGGCGCGACAUACGCGUUUCCGAGUGAUGCGUUUACGGUUACGAAACAAAUGCGUUCGCGGUACGCGCGCGCGUCACACACGCACACAGAGAGUCCGUUUUCGUUGAGCGGCGUUUUCGUUUUGUACGGCGUAGUCGGGAUUUCGAGUCGGGCGGAACUGCAGCCGGCCAGCGAGCGGAGUUUGGACUACGAGUUCGACCACGGAUAUUAUUCGAACCGAAUAAUUCGUUUAUUUAGGACGGGGGGGAGGGGGGGGAGCUAAAUAAACAAAUUUAGACAAAUUUCGUUUCGUCCGAUAUUCGUUUCGGUCCGACACGGUUCUCGACCGCGUACGCUCGUUAAAAAAAAAAAAACGUCUUCGCGUACCGCCGACGAUAGCUUUCCGGGCGCCACAGAACCGCUAAACGAAAAUUAAUAAUAAUAAAAAAAAAAAAACUCAACGACACGAAAAACGUUGUUACGGUAUAUACGUAUGCAACGUCUUGUGGCACGUCUCGUCACUAAACUAUUAUUACGCACGUGUCCCUCUGUGCGCAGGUGCAUCCUCCAAGGGUGAUUCCGAGCGACCCGCGCAGUAAUUUCACAUAGGUUUUCGUUAAAUGCCGUCUUUUUUAUUUUUAUUUACGUUAGCCGCGAGUAACUGCUCCUUCUUAAAUACGUUUUCGUACGCGUACGCUGCGCAGGGUUCGGUGUAGAAAACACGUUCUGUCGGGAACGGAAGAAAAUAUCAACCGGAAACGUACCUUGGUAGUAAACAUUUGAUGAACUAGUAUAAAUACGGCCCGCGGCAGGGAUAUCGACCCCCUUAACCCGCCUUCUCACCCCCUCCCCCGUGGUUAUGCCGCUGCAGGCUAUUGUUGUGCUGUUUCGGGAUACCGCGUGGGAGUGAGUGGGAGCACCGGGGAGCGUACGCCUGUACGGUUAUUAUUGUUUUUAGCAGCUUUCUUGAAAAACGGCGGCGGCUGCGGAUUUCGUAAUCGUUUGGUAAUAUUAUUUAUUUCUUUUUUUUUUCGAACGCGAUUUAUAUAUUAUCCAGUUGCCUACGGGCCGUACGGAUAAUACACGCGCGGCGAUCAUGAUGAAUGAACCCGCAGCCACACGCGUUGUAGACGCGCGCGCGCUCUCGCGUUACUACUAUGCGUCGGUACACGACGGUACGAUGUGAUAAUACCUACAAAAUUAUAAUAAUAUGCGCGUCGUGUGUACAGCGUGAUUGUUUUUUUUUUAUCACGAAAAGUCGGCCGCAGUAAUACGAGUAUAAUACAAUGUUAUCCGCGAGUCGUUAAAAUAUUACGGAACGGUUUGUUUUCGUUUUUUAUAACUGUACGGCCCGCGAAAUGUCCCGAGAAUACGUGUGUAUGCGAUUAAUUAGAAACGGGUAAAUUAUUUUUGCGCCGGCAUUUGCCGUUCCUGUCUUUUUGACGCGAAAACGUGUUCGCGUAAAACAUCGGCGUUUUUUUUAUAAUAUUAAUUACAUAAAAAGUUACAGUGUUAAUGAAAAAAAAAAAACCUUAAAAUGUCAUACCAUUUGUUAUAUCUUCGAUAAUGAUUUAAAUUGUAAAUCGCCGACGGGACCGUCUUCGAAAUGUUGGCAUCUACACGUUUUACAAUAAGUGUUUUAUCUCUCUAGAAUCGAUUUUAAGGGUCUCUUAGUUUGUUUACGCGAACGCAUUUUCGCUAUAUUGCCCGUUAAAAGAAUACAGGCUGAAAAUUGAACUGUGCGGGUGUGCGAUUCCGAUGAAAUAAAUAAGGGACGCUAAAGUCCCCUGCAGGGAAAAAAAUAUAAUAUGUUAUUCUAUACAGGAAUACUCACCGCCAUUGUGAACUCUGUAUACUUUCUUUACAAUAAGUCGAACAAACGCCCUCUUCCAUUUGCGCCUAUAGACCAGUGACGGCAUUGCAAUAGCUAAUUCUUUACGUCUAAAAGUUGUAUAUUUUUUUUUUUUAUAUAUCGAGCAAGGAAGCCUCAUAUGCGCAACUAUACCGCCGACUUUGGGGAUGCUAAAAUUAUAGACACGUCGCACAGACCCACGCCUACAAGGGUCUGUGGCAAAUGCAAUGCCUCGGCAAUCCCCUUUACCUCUAUAAUAAGCAACUGUACAUUUAAUGUACAACUGUUUAAUAUAAAUAAAUGGAAUCGUAACUAUUUAACUUUAUAUUUUAUACACACAUGCAUUGUUUGUAUAGGCGAUCUGUAUUUUACUAUGCUUAUUAAUUAUUAUGAAAUACACGGAUGAAAUAUUUAGUCGAUACUAUGAAGAAAAAAAAAGCUCAUCGGGUAUUUUUCGGGGAUGCUAAAUACCCCCUUGCGCCCCCCUAGUUGCUCCUAUGCAGUCAUCGGGUGCUCAUUUAGACGGAUUUAGCUGGAGCCUCGCAAUAAAUAUGAAUAUGGAACGGAAAACGAGAACUCGUCCGACUCGAUACGAUAUAUUUUCAAAAUUUUACCCUUAUUCCGUAAACACCGUGUACCGUAUAACACUUAUAGCGCCUGUAUACUUGAUUUUCAAACUCGCUGCUUGCAAACUACAAAUUUUCGUACUCCCGUUCGAAAAGUGGAUAUAUUAUUUUGAAAAUUGCGAUGCGCAUUUCACUAUAUAUUAAUAUACACUAUCGGAUACACCGGUUUAAAAUUUAGACCGGAGGCGUGUGGAAGGAUAAUAAUAAUUUCAUAUUAUAAUAUUGCAAUUAUUAUUAUGCUAUAGACGUCACGUUUAUAUAACUACGAGUAUCCGCUCCCCCCCGUCUAAGUUAUCAAACUGUUUUAACUCGUAAAUAACGGUACCCAUCAUAUCCGAUACAUUAUUAAUAAUAUUUCAUGACGUUUUAUAUAUUAUGCGUAUCGACAUUUUUAUAAAAAUGUACCAUAUUAAGUGCUUGAAUUGGGGAUGGGACGGAGCUCCCCCAUUAUUUUUUUAUUUUUUUGCGUACCCCAACUAUAUUUGUUUUACUGGAACGGGGGGACAGCAAAAAAUAAUGUCCGAAAUGAUUUUUAUUAAAAUGUAGAUUUCAAUUGUUGUCAAUUGUACAACGAAUUUUACUAUUUUUAAUUUCAAAAUUAUUUUUGAUAUUAGUUUGAUAUUAUCCUGUCUAUGGCCCAAUAUUUUUUUGCCAUAUGGUAGGUAUAUCGAUAUAUUGUCACACGAUACCACUGUAACCAAACGAUACCGCAGUUGAAUUUAUUUAACUAAACUUUUGACCAUGUGGCUACCAUAGAAUAAUUACUCUAUAGUAGUUACUCUAUGAUGGUUACAUACAUUAUCCGCAGAAAAGUGGUAACAAAAAAAAUGGUAAAAUAUUAUCAUCAGGGUACAAUAUUCAUUUAAUUUUUAUUUUCUACUACACCAUGUAGAUAUUGCCAUCAAAAUAUAUUUGGAAUUUUAUUAUUUGUAGUUGAAAAAAGCGUUAUUCAUUAUGUCGAUAAGGUGGAACGGAGAUAUUACAGGGGUGGCUCCUGACUCUGGGGGCCUUAGUCCCCCAGCCCUUUUGUUAAAAACAACUUUUAAAAAAAAAAAAAACUAUACUGUACUAUUGACACGUAACUAGAAUUACACAAUUAUGGUGGCCUAAUUAUCACCAACAUUUAAUUCCCCUCCCCCCCACUAGGCACUAAUUUAAUUUAUAAGUAUGUUUAUAUUGUUUUUAAUAUAAUUUUAAAUUCUGCGUUGAGCGAUGAUGCUUUUAUUUAAUUCAAUUCUGAGAUUAUGAAAAAAUAUAGGUACCUAAGUUUUUUUCUUUUCAAUAUAUUAUAGUAACAAAUUUAACUCUUUUUAAUCAAUUAUUUGAGCUUUGGGUAUGUCAAUAAUAUGAUGGCGUGGCCAUUGGUUUGGCUUGUAAAUAUUUCGGGUGGCCGGUCCACCCCAGGCCACCCCUUAGUUGCGUGUCUGUGCAGCAGACACGUACUAUAAAAUAUAAAAUACACCAUUUUGUUAUACGGUUUUCUGAAAAACGUGACGUAGCACCUUCCCCCAAACCAAGUCUUUGGAACCGCCCCUGCUACGUUACGCGCUAGAUGCACGGAUAAUAUCACGUCAAUGAAGAAAGACCCCCCCCCCCCUUAAAUGUUUCUAUACGGUGUGUGUAAUAUCGCGACAACGGUCCGAAAAAGAAAUUUGCUAGACGAUUCCGUAGACACGGCGACGAAACAAUAUCACGCGAACUCCUCGUACCGACCGCGAAUCGGAAGAAUUUUACCGUCCGUACAGUCGUUAGAAACACCCUGUAUGCACACGACAAUAGUAAUAUCGUGUACGGUAGUGGAGUUUGUGUGGGACGCGUGAGCCGCGGAAUGCGAUCGACGAAUUCCCGAGGCCGCGGUCGAGCUCGCGACGACGACGACGACGACUACGAUUCCUCGGGAGGCGGCGCGGUGUGGGUAACCGGUUCGCCGCGACGUUCUCACACACGGUAAUUCCUGUGCCGCCGUCGCCGUCACGUCGGACGUCCAGCCGAGAGAAUACAAUUGCCGCUCCAGUCUUUCCGCGCAACCGAGACCGCGUGCUCGUGCGUACGCCGAACGACGGCCGUGUUGACAGUUGUAUUCGAGAACGAGAAUAAAAAAAAAAUUACCUGCCCGACAAUAUUCGCCGUAUAUUUUUCGGUUUUUUCGCUACCGCCGCUGCGUAGCCGCGUCGCCGUCGUCCGUGUUCUCCCGUGUGUGCGUCGAACGGGUGCUCGCGUUCCCGCCCCUUCACCCCCGCGCGAGCCGUUUCGGGGAUAGGGAGCCGCUUUAUUUUCCGCGCGCUACUACAACUACACCCCGCGUUUUCCACACGGACGCUCACGCUGUACACACCACGCGUAAGUCUUCGGGCCGGUACCGAGCCGACGCGUCUUAACGACACGCGCGGUACCCGCCCCGCGCACGCGGAUCGUAAUGUAUUCAGUGGCGUAGUAGCCAUCACAGGGCAAAGUGGGGUAGUAUCCCAGAGGUCGGGGUGCCCCGGACAAUUCCGAAAUCAAUUCUUUGAAACAAUUGCAAAUUUCGAUGUAUUUAAUAAUGAUCGUUUUAAAUCGUACGUUCUUCUCUUAAUCGUAGAAUCCGGGAAUCUUAAUUCCAAUCACAAUCGGUAUUUAAAUAGAUUAAUAAGCAGUGAACGGUGCUCACCGUACGGAUAGUUAGUGUACGUAUAGGAUAACAAAAACUGGAUUUCCUUUUACUUUGUUCAUUUAUUAAUUAUCUGUUUAUUAUUUUCAUUUGUGGCUCCGUAGUAAGUAUUUAAAUUUAAAAAAAAAAGAAAAAAAACAAUGUUACGUAUACGUAUGUUUCGAAUUUUCGCAAAAAUUAAUAUAUUAGUCAGUUAGAGGUUCUAGUUUUUUUAAUUGCCCCGGGGCCCUUUACCGUCCAGCUAUACGCCACUGAAUUUAUGCUAUAGGGCGCCCGAUAUCUUCCGGUAUUGGUUAUUGAUUCGGGGCUCGGAUAUUUUUUACGCUUGAUAUGACUUCAAAAAAAAAAAAUUUUUUAAUUCUUUUUCAAACAUAUAAAUACAACCGGAUAACAAGCCAUAAAUUUAGACUGUUCGACGGGUCGAUACGCCGGCUACUUAAAAAUAAAAAAAAUAGAUUACAAUAUUAAACGAAAAUUUUUAGGUAUUUUUCUCAUGUCUUCGCGUAUAAAAUAUGUGAGAUUUUCUCCAUUAUUUAUUACAUAUAUGAAAUAAAUCGUUUUGUUGCGUAUUAGCAAAAAAACUGUUGAUAAUUAGCAAUCGAUCGGAUAAAAUUCGAGCCCUAGUUAUUAUUAAUUUUUUUUUCGUAUUGCGCGCACAAUAAUUCUAACGUGUUCCAAAGGUUUUUCGCAGUGUUAUCGACGGUGACGUUGCUACAGUGUUGUUUGACGUCGGUUUUAUAUUUUGGAUAUAUUUAUUUUAUUUUUUUAAGCUAUCGGCCGUGAAUUUAUAAUUGUUAUCAUUGUUAUUUCCGAGUGUACAGAACGAAGGUUUAUUUGUUCGUAUACCCGAUAAAAUAUAAUAUUCGGAUUGCAAUAAUGAAAAAUAUGUGUGUGCAGAGUGACAAAUUGUUUUUAUCGCAAAACUCACUCGUUAGUUACCGGAAAUUCUAUUGACUUUAAUCGUAAUUUUUUUUUUUCUGAGGAAUAAUUCAAAUACCCACAAUGCAAUAUACCGUUCGGUGUUACGCGUAUAUAUGUAUAGGGAGGUCCCUGUUGAUCAACAACCCCCUCCACUUCCGGUGAGUAAUGUAAAAUCGACCGAACGAACGGAAACGAAGGGUAAUGUUAAAUUUGAGAAUCGCAUGUUUCCCCCCCUCCCGCUUUUACAGUCCGCUGCAGGACCUUUGCUGCCUCAACCACUCGUCUCCGUCUAAUUCUAUCCUCACCUGUAGUAUAGCGCACACGGGAAUUUGUUUGGGAGGGAUUUUGUUUAUAAUAAUUUCCUAGCGAGGGGAUAGCAAUACUAUCACUAUUAUUACUGAAUAAAUGAUUUUUAAUGAAAUUGAUGGGGGGGGGGGUGAUCACCUAACUCCCUUCUGUGUGCGCCACUAAUCCUCACUGUCUUCUAAUCUGGUGCCUUGUGAGACUUCAGCAAGAUUUAACAUUAUCCUGUUCCCCCAUUUUUCCUUGGUCAACUCUUAAACCCAUCGUUCUGGCUGUUUUUAGUAAAUCUGUAGUUUCUAAAUUCCGCGUCCUCUCGAGGGCUACCUAAUACGUCAGUAUCGUGCGCGUGUGUCAAAAAAGUCUGAUCUGGUCUGAGAAUCGCAUGUACUUUCAUGUACUUUUCUCGGAAAAAAAAAAUCACCCUGUAUACCUGUGUAUUAUACGAAUACGUACAUAUAAUACGUCGGCCUGACGGACGGCUACGCAAUAAUCAAACCGUCUGUACUGUUCACAGCCGCGUCGACAAUGUGACAACGGCUAAUCAUUAUUACAUAUUUUCUUAAAUUAAUAUUUCAAACGAGCGCCACAUAGUUGUCCGCUUGUAGCUGUGUAAUAUUUUUAUCGUGACCGAGUUUCUAUUAGUAAAAAAAAAAAAAAUGCUCGGCUGUGGGUAAUCAACAAUUUGCGGCGAUAUACCCAAGUAUAAUAAUAAUAAUACAUUGUAGUGUCGGUAUUAAAGAAACUGUGUUUUAAACCCUCUCGUAUCUAUUUCUUUUUUCUUUUUUUUUUCGUCGAGAAUAGUGUUCGAACGAUUUUCGUUAGGAUUUUUUUUUCAGUCCGUAGGUUUGAAUUCGAAAUUUUCGUAUUUCGUGAAGGUUAACUGCUGAGCAUAGAUAAUAUUAUAUACAUCGCGGACGGGACUUACCGUGUCUAUGUUUUAUACUGAUUUUUUGCUUGGUAUUAUUUGUAUAUUUUAAAAAUAAGUUUAUUUUAAUUUACAUUUCUAAAGAAAUUUGUUGCAUUUACGGUAUUUUUGCAAGAGAACCGAAAAAUGCGAAUAUUUUGAUGUAAUAAACUCAUUUUUCAAAUUUUGUUGCUUACUGUCUUUUGGCUUAGGAGGGCAAAAUAGGUAUAGGGAUGUCCCGUCCACGCACAUAUCUAUGCUGCUGAGUACCGUCUAUGAAUUCUAAAGAGGACGUGAUUUGCGCAUGCGCUGUGGUCCGUCUUACGUACGACUCGUGACAUUUGCAAAUUUGCGUUUAGUCGGUAGAGACAAUUUCGUUUCGAUAUUAGAGUGAAUUGACGUAUCAGAAAAUUAUCUAUGCGAUCUCGGAGGAUUUUUUUCGAUGUUUAAAUUUUUAAGCGGGAUAAUACGAAACGUAUGAAUUAUCUCAAUGUUAAAAAAAAAACCUCUCGUAUUAUCUCGCUUAAAAAUCCGCCGUGGUCCCACAGACAAUGUUCUGGCCUUUAAGUUCGAUAAUAGGCCAAUUCGCUCUAAUAUUAAAAGCCACAAAGUUGUCCUUGGCGAACCCGAAUUUGCUAUGACGUUUGUCAGACACGGAGACGGCGCAUACGGCUUUUACGUCCUCUCUCAAAAGCCAUUAAACGUACAAUAAUAUCGUUAGUACGCGAAAUGAUUCUUGAAAUUCGUCGAAUCGUAUUUCUUGUACAAUGACUUUUAACACAAAUAAAAAACAUCGGAAUCGUUGUUUUCUUCGGAAUAUUUAACCGAACAAAACGGCGCGUCGUUGCGAGCGUAUUGAUUCAAAAGAAAAACACAAUAUUUUCCGCUGAAAACGAUUAUUGUUAUUGACAUUUCGAAAUAUCGUCCACGUUUAUUAGUAAAUAAAUAAUUAUACAAUCGCACCCGAUAAACGAUUUGUUAUUAUUAUUAAGCGUUUGUCGAUUAUAAUAAAUAGUCGAGUGACAAAAUUAUCGGUUUUUAUUUUCAUCCGAACGCCUACUUGACUUUGAAUCCUCGUGUAUAUUAUAAAAAAAAAAAAGUGACUGUGGUAAUCGGCAAAUAUUCUGCGUUGAGAAUUGAGAUGUGAAAUGAAACUUGUACAGAAUUAAAAAUUAAUAACAUUAACGCAUUAUUUGAUUUUAUUUGUCCGAAAACUGCGACGAUAAUACGUCAUAAUGCGGUACUUCUGGUAGUUUUUUUAUAUUAAAAAAAAAUAUACAUGUAUUCACAAUCUCUAAACGAAUACGUAUACGCAAUUAGCAAAUGUGAUCUCUGAAGAAACAAAUAUUUCAAUAAUAGUAUAAAUAAUAAUAAUAAUAUCUACUAUAAACUCAAUAACUCUUCGAGCACUCUGUAAUAUUCUUCAAACGAAACUCGCUCUGUACAUAGUAUUUUAUCAUAUUUUUCGUAUUUGUCCGUAUUACGAGUAUAAAUCAAUCACAUAUGAUAGUAAAAGUUCUAUAACAACCAAAAUAUAUUUUUAAAUUCGCGUCAUUUGCAUUAGUUUAUAACACACAAUGAUAUAAAACAUGUCGUAAAACAUAUUUUCCAAUUCAAAUUAUUGAUUACAAGACGAAGUGAUAUGAUACCCGCAUUCACUGUCUCGGUCUGACCGAAUAGCGAAUGUUCGUUCGGCAGGCACAACUUUGCGCUGUUAGUUUUAAUAUUACAAUAAAUUGACCUAUUAUCAAACUUGAAGAUAAGAACAUUGUCUGUGCAACGUUGGCGCUAUUGUUCGAUAUAUUAACGUUCAAGCGAGAUGUAAGCAUUAUUAAAUUGUGAUAUUUCACAUACUCAUAUCUCUCUACAAAAAAAAAAAUAUCGAAUAAAUGUAACACAAAUCCAGCACAUUUAAUGUGUUCUUAUCUUUAAGUUCGUUAAUAGGUCAAUUCGUUCUAACGUUAAAACCUACAGCGCAAUGUUAUCUCUGCAGCUGAACCGAAAUUUGCUAUGUCGUACGUUGGUAAGGUGGAGACAUGGUGCAGCUGGUAUUAUGCCCUCUUGAAAAUACGCUUACAUACCCCCCUUUAAUGUCUCAUUCUAACCAACGGGCGAUAGCAAAAUUACGUUACUUAGACCAUAAAUCGUAGCGUUGAAAGUACAAACAAAAAUAAAAUAGACAAGUAAUUUAAAGAAGAGAUUAUUUCCUAGGGCUUUUUCUAAUAUUUCACUACAAAAUGGCCGAAAAGCUAUAGUCAUAGUAGUUAUGUUUUUUUUUUUUCAAACUACGUACAGUCCUCGGAAAUAUUUUCCUCUUUAAAUUUUGUUAUUCUUGUUUAAACUCUAAUUUCACCACAAACGCCACAAUUUAUGUUCAAAGUAACGUAAUUUCGCUGUUGGUAAGACGAGUACAGCACGUCAUACGGAUAUCCUCGGGGACGACAUUUUGAUCCGGCAGAGACAAUUUGAUCAGUUUUAUAAAAUAAUUUAAUUUUCUUAGCGGAUCAUAAUGUCACUUUGCCCGUCCCUUUAAUAUUUUAUUAACAUUAACAUUACCCCAGCAAAGUUAUAGUCGCAAACUGUUGAUUAUCUGUACACAAUAUAGGCAGGUAGGUAUAGGUUAACAGAUACUGUACCUACUGUUUAUUUACGCUACAAAACGGGUAAACAACAAUUUCGCGUGGUUUUUACGAGUCUAGAUUAUACUUUUAACUCUAUACGAAAAUUACUAAACAAAAAACAAAUUUUAUAAUAUUUUGUCGUGUCGACUUCGUUUGAAUUUCAAGGUAUUUAAAUGACGUAUACUUUUAUUAAUUGCAUAGCGCCUAAUGAUACCUAUACAUUGAGUGCACCUACUUAUAUAUUAUAGUAGCUACACGCGAGUAUAAAAAUAAUAAAAAUAUAUAUAUAUAUGUAUGUAUUGUAUUUUAAACCAAUUGCGUUUCGAUUUAAAAGUAGAAAAAAAAAACCGAUAAUAAUUUAGUGUAAAUUUAUGUAAAAAAAUUCUCAUUGCGGUACUGCACUAUAUUGUAAUAAUAUUGAAUAUGGGUACACUAUCGUCGACUGUAAACCGGAGUUAUACGUUUAAAAUUAUAUUCAUCACGCCUCUGUGUAGAAAAAAAAAACCAUUGUGUCGGUUAGUUAAAAAAUUAUACACUAGGCGUUUCGAAAAUCAAAACCGUCUGUAUAUAAUAUUAGGAGGUGUUUCGUUCGAAUUUGCGUAUGUUUUACGACGGGUCGUAUCUAUUCGUGACUGAAAAAAAAAAUGUAUGUAAUAACUCUCGCGACUUAAAUAGUUAAAUAUGUCCGUAUUUCUUAGUUAUUUUUGUCUAGACGUAUGAAUUAUUAUGACCGGUCGUUUGACUAAAAUAUCGGGUCAAACACUCGUGGAAUUACUCUCGUAAUAACGUCGACGAGUAGUACGCGGUUACUAUGUUGCGGACCCCAUCGGUGUAUAAUAAUGAUUUCAAAUAUCACCGUCGAUAACUUUACACUGCCAUAACACGUUAUAGUUAUUCGUUUUGCGACUUUUGCACUGUUUAUGACCAAAAAAUAAUAAUAAACCGCCUAGUAUAGCGCAAUAAUAAUAGGCGAAACAUAUUGAAUACGAAAAAUAAAGAUUUUUUUUUUACCGUUUAUUUAUAAUAUUAUUAUGUAUCGUAUUUCUCAGGCUAAAAAACGUAUCGUUGUUUAAUAUUCUAUACACACGAGUCGACGAUUGCGCGUUAUUCGGGAUAAAGAAGCGCCUGCCAUAACUACUGCAGCCUAUUUAAAAAAAAAAUUAAAACUAAAAAGUAUGUUUUAAAAUCAAAAAAAAAAAAAAAAAUGGACAAUAAUAGCAGUAUUGCUCCUACGUCGGAUUUAGCUUCUCUGGACUGCUGGGAUUAUACAAUCGAAUUGGAAUGUCUUCGCGGUCCACAAGGUAUAUUAUAAUAUAUUAUAUUAUUAUUGGAUUUAAAACGGAAACUGUUGAAAUAUGUGUGCACAAAAGAGUCGUGUAUAAUAAAAUGUUAACAUUAUUAUAAAUUGUACAGUUAUGACUAGACGCCGGAUUUAUAUUCUCUUAUAAUCCACAAAAAACCGCUUUGAAACGUCAAACAAUUUCCUGAAAAAAGCACUAUAUUUAUAAUAUUUAGAAAAAAUAAAAAUGAUAGAGGAGUUCAAAAGACCCCCUCCCUGUAAAUAAUUAAUUGCUUUAACUUAUUAAAUUCAAUUUCCUAACAUUACAAAAAUGAUUCACGCAAAAUAAUUAAUUUUUAUUUAUCAUUUUUUGUGGUGUUAGGAAAUGUUAUUUAUAAGUUAAGUUAUCCGUUAAAAAGGGGACUUUUAAACUUUUUUAUUUUUUAUUUUUUUUUGCUUUUUAAAUUUUUUUCCAAGGCUUUUUUGAGUUUUUCGAGUAUUUUUUGUGGAUUUUAUUAAGAAAAUAUAAAUCCAGGCUCUAGUUAUAACCGUUAGUUCAUGUAAUAAUUUUAUACCAAUACUGUACUAAUUAUUUUGUAUUAUGUAUUUUAAUUUCGUUCGAUUCUUCAAUCAAUCGAAAACUUAGACUCCCCGAAAAGUUACCUGCGUCUUUCAACGUCAAAAACAUGUUUAUUUUACAAAAUCGGAUUAUUUAUAAAUUAAAUAAUAACGCUCUUGCUUAUAAUAAUUUUAUCUUGUAUGGUAAUACUUAUGAUACGAACAAAUUAUGCGUAGGAAAAACAUAACAGUUGUUUGAAAAAAGAGUUAAAACAAUAAAACAAAAACUAGGUUUUCACUCGUAUGGUAAUAUUUUCGGUGUACAAAAUCGAGUGUAAGAAAAAACCAUAAUAGUAGUAAAAAAAAAAAAAAAUGAACAAUUAAAACAGAUAACUGUACAUGCGUUGUAGACCUGAAGAUUCUAAACGCCUUGAUACUCGUGUAUUAUUUUAAGAAAUCCGGGACACGUUGCGGACACUCGUUAUCAAAACGGGACGUGGGAAAAAUUGGCCGUCAAAAGGGACUGUCCGUUGAAAUACGGGACGAACGACGAUCCCGCUUCCCCGAUAAAAUUGUACGAUACGUCUGAUUAAAAUUUGAACGUAAUAAAUAACAAAUAAUUAAUACUAGCGUAUAAUAACUAAUGUAUAGUACCUUAUAUAGGUAUGUUAUAUAUUAUAUAAUUAUUAGUUUCAGUUAAUAAAAAUUACAGUUUUUUUUUUUUUUUAGAAAGUUUACGCGGUCUUGUUGAUUACCUAUAAUUUGAUUGAGACGUUUAAUCAAUUUUUAAUGAUAUGUAUUUUUAACCCAAAGGUUCCGUUCGUAGAAAAAUGUACAGCAGUAUACGUGUGAAUCACACUAUAUAGAUAAUAACUUGUAAAUUCCGUAGGUAUAUAGUGAAUAACAUAACGUGUGUACGUUAAAAUCGAAAAGGUAAUCGUAAUUUUCCAGUAAAAAUCUAAUGAAUAUUGUAAAUCUGGGACUUGGGUCAAAAAGGUCCAACGUCACUUUUUAGUGAAAAUGAGUUAUGCGGCUCAGUGGCUAAUUUCGUGUGCACUACGACACAGUUUGUGCAUUACGAAAUUACAAAUGAGCACUACGGAAAAUAAAAUUGUGCACUUUUGAGUCAAGCUAUAUUAUACGGACCACGGGGCCGGGAGUGGAGGUGACUGUCAUUAUCGUAUCCCCAUCGGCACGCCAAUGCAAAAAUGCGCACUGCGGAAAAAAUAGCCACUGAAUUAUGGCCAAUCGUGUACAAUUUUCUAUGCUUUUUCUGGUGGUAAAAGAGCGUAUCUCUGAUAAUCAAAUUAUUGUGAGAUUUGAGAAGACCGAUGUCGUGAGAAAAAUUACUUAUUUUCAGUAUCAAAACGGCCCGAAAACGUGUUCUGUUCCGUUUUCAGUUAGCCGCCUAACUACAGCGGCCGGCCGUUGAGUGCGCGAGCAAUACGGACUUUUUUUUUUUUUUUUUUCUUGCAAAAUUUGCAUUUCGCCAAAGUCGUUUUCGAAAAAAACAGUAUCGCGUUUGAAUACACGUCGAACUGCAUGAACCGUGGUAUGAUAAUUAUUGCGAGGAAAUAUUAUAAUUACGAUGUUGCGGCGAACGAUGCGCGCGUACCGUCGUCGUACGGCCGAUAUCGAAAUUGAUAUUAAUGCGCGAUGGGGGGAGGCGUACGACGGCUAAUUAGAUACUCGUAAAUACUGCGUGCGUAUGGGUGGGUACCCAUUCGAAUUGGAAAAGCAUAGAGGAGAAACAAAAAAAAACAAAAAAAAGAAUCGACUUGACGAAACCUAUGUCCAAUAAUGUAAUGGCAUAGCGAUAGCGCGCGGGCGGUCGUUGUAACGACGUUAUUAUUGUUACGAAUACCGGCGCGCGGCCGAUACGCGACGUCCGACAUCUACACGACUUUCGACCGAACUAUAAUUAUUAAUUAUUACUAUUAUCUAUCGGCAAUAUUAUAUAAUGACAUCGUGCUUGCGCGUGUGCGGACAGGUGGUUAUUAUAUCUCCACGCGGUGUUUCUUUACAGGUACACUUUAGUACCAGUCUACAUAAUAUUAUGUUGUUAUAUUAUAACUUUCAAUAUCGAAAACCAUCAUGUACGUUUGUAACGACAGGCGCGCAGAAAAACGACGUUUCGUAUUAUUAAAUCUGUACGGCGACGCAUCGGCUGUAAAAGUAACCGCUUUUAAAUCGUUUGAUUCGGCCGUGCCUGGGCGUUGAAAUCCGUUUGGAAAUGCGCGCGUACCGCGUAAUAUUCGACCGUGUGCGGAAUUUUUCGACGGCGGUCCCGGACUCCGGACGACGGUUAACGGGGCAAAAGCCGCGAAUAUUUUUUCUGAAAAAAAAAAAUACCGAAUAUUUUACGUAACGUUAUUAUAAAAUAUCAUAAUAUGUAUAUGUAUAGUUAGUUAUUAAGUUUUACCGCAACCUAUCGGUGUGCGGUGUGUGUGUGUGUGUGUGUGUGUGUAUGUGUAUGCUCAACUAUAUAUAAAAUACCCAUAUAGAUGCAUAACACUAUUAUCACUAUCGAGGUUAACCUCUGCGAGAUGUUAACCCAAUUGAGUGUGUGCGUAUAGGCUUUCAAUAAAAACUGAAUCGUAGGGAAAAUCAUAGAAAAAAAAAUGCAUAAUACAUUUUCUCCGCGCGAUCACGAAGUCGGGCCGAAGAACCUUCCCGGCCGUUCCUUUUACGGAAUCCGCGACGCUUUCGAAACAUCGAGCGCGCAUGUGUGUGUGAUAUUUGACUUGCGACGAUGCGAUCGUCGUUCGCAUUGUUCGCGGGGAUAUUACGAUAUGGACGUCGAACCGCAAGCCGACGAUCACGAUUGAUCAACGAAAUUAUAAUAAUAAAAAUCUUUUUUUUUUUUUUUUUAUUGACAAAUCAUUCAAGUCGAUAAAGUGCCGCGACACGACUAUAUACUGUUGUAUGCACGAGUGUAAAAUAUAAGAAGAUAGGUGCCUAUAUAGACGCGACGUGAUUAACGUACGAUUUUUCGAUUUCCCAGUCGGGAAUCUCGAAUUCAACAGUGAAAUCGCCGUUGUAUAUAUUAUAUGUACGCCAGAGUGUGUAAUAAUAUUAUUCGCGUUGUUCGCGUGUUUUUAGACAAUCGACAAAACGUGCGGAUGUUACCGAUAUUGUCGGGUCGCCUACGAACCGAGUACCAAUAAAAUCUUUUAGGACUAAUCGAGCGCCGGGCAGUACUUAGAUACCUACAUAGGUACUAAUUGAAUCCCUUGAAAUUUGAGCUAUAACACUAAUUGAGUCCGUAUUCUAAUAUUGAUACUGAGUCCCGUCAAACUUUUUUUAAAAAAAAAAAAAUAAAAUCAAAAUUACAUUCUUUAUAUUGGUGAAAAAUGUAUUAUAAUGUGAAUAAUUUAAAUGUUAUUUGUGUACAGUUAAAUGAAUAUAGGUGAUUAACUAUUAUAUUGUUCAUAUUGGUAAAAACGUAUGUGAUAAACAUUGUAUAUACCUGUUCAAAUCGUGUUGUUUUCUUUGUAUUAUUAUUUGUAUCCGUCUAUUAAAAAAAUACUAAAAAAGAAUCUAUAAUAAAGACGAUACGAACGAUAGCACGUAGCCGUCUGCGUAUUCGUACAUAUUAUACAGAUUUUAUGUUUUACCUGCUCAUAAUAAUCCCCGGUACUCAAUCAGUAUAUCAUUUUUUCCCCGUUCAGGUAUUGAGGCUCAAUCGGUGUACAACGUGUAUUGUCAUAACCGACAACGGGGUGCGUUAAAUACGCCGUUUUCCUGUAGAGAUAUCUGCUCUCGUUCGUAUAUAUCGUUAUCACUUAGUAAUCCGUUUUUUUGUUUUUUUUUGACAGACUUACAACUAGCCGCGGAACUGGGCAAAACUCUGUUGGAGAGAAAUAAAGAACUAGAAAUCAAUUUGCGACAGCAACAAAAUGUCGUGGAAGACCGUAACCAAGAGAUCGAGGUGAGAUAUACAGAGUCUAUAUAAAUAAUAUAAUACGUUUAAAAGGGGCCCGCGGUACGAGUUUUCCGCAUUUCUCCGAUUUUUUGAACAUUGAAAAUUAUUUUUAAUACCUGAUCGGUUUAAAAAUAAUGACUUCCCACUAUUGUCCGGUGCCCGUUUAGGGAAAGGGAGAGGUAAGGACGAAAAUGAUAGGAAUAACGCAUUAUUAUAACAUGUUAUACUUUAACAUUUUUUUUUUUUUUUUUAUUCAAUUGAUAAACAAUAAUGUUUUACAAGCCUUAUUUAACUCCGAUUUUUCAUUGGAUUUCAAAUAACGGUUUAAAAAAAAAAAACAUACAAAUGUAUUGUAUAAAUAUUAUGUUUGAGAUGAAAAUUUCGAAAAAAAAAAAAUACCGACAUGGUUUGUAGGAAAUUUUUCUAUUUCCAACGGAAAAAUAAUCAUCGAAAUUGGACCAUUCUAUACGAAACUCGAGAGUUUUUUCCCCGUAAAAUAUGUUUUCGAGUCGAAAACUGCGCCGAUCCGAACUCCUUAAAUUUAAAAAAAACACCAUGUCCAUGCUUGAACUUCGUAUGUAGUAACUAACAGGUAUACCCGAACAGGUCGUAAUUGCUUCAUAGUUCAUAACACGUGUUUUCAUUUACAUUAACCUAAAAAAAAAAAUUCCAUACGUUAUACACGGUGCCUAUUUUGUAUUCACUGCGCACACACUUGACAAGCAGAGAAUGUGUUUUGUUUGAACUGUUGAAGUUCAAAUAUUAUAACCAUCGUAGUACAGCGUGUACAGCGAAAUACAUCACAUUCGUUUCUGGAUAAUAAUAAAAAUAGAUUCGAAAUGUACUCGUCAUACUGCAAUACGCAUUGUACGGCGUAUUUCGUUCUCGACACUGCACAAUGUUUAAUAUUUAUUAAUUAUAUACUCGUAUAUUACGCAUUUUAACGUCGACUGUUGACAUUAUAAACUUGUUGUGUUCCGAGUGCUUUAUUAUGGUUGAAAAUAAAACGAAAAACAAAACAAAAAUAAUGUAUAUCGAUCAAUCUGCUAUCUAUAUAAGAUACCAGUGCUUCCCAACCUGGAGUUUAUCGAUUUCUCGGCUGGAAAGAGGGCGUAAGAUGUUUAAAAAAUAUAACCAAUUUUCACAUUAUUGUGUCACUUUAACACUUGUAAAAAAAAAAAAAAACCAUACAUUUCAAUUUUCACCCAUUAUUGCACUGGAUAAUAACAGUAAACGAUAUUUAUUUACAUAGCAAAGAUAAAGAAACCUUUGUCCGGUGUAAAAAGUAAAAAAACCGUGGACGUACUUCGCACAGUGGGUAAGCUGCCGUUGUAGCGGGUGGGAAGGUAUUAGUCACUAAAGGACGUUGGGUAUAAUUUAUAAUUACUAAAAACAACAAUAAAUCAUUGCGAUCAAAACACGAUUCUAAAUGGACUAAUAUUUGUCAUGUUUUGUAAUAAUCCAAAAAUUGAAAAAAAUAAAACCGAUGUAUCGAUAUUUGUUUGUCAGUUUUUUUAAAUAGUUUAUAUUUUAGCCAAUAAAAAAGGGCGUUAGACUUUAAAAAUCUUUACGAAGCACGUGGAAUAAUAAUAGUUGGGAAACAUUGACGAUGUAUGUGUACAUUACUUAUAUAAUGAAGAUCGAUUAGAUUUUAUUUUAAACGGUUAAAUUGUUCUUUAAAUGUUAUUUGUCAAUGUUUUUUGGACAAAUAUAUAAUAACAAUAGGCGUGUUUUGGCGUUGUAACCGUGAGUAAACUGUUUUACUAAUCAUAUUUAAAUAGUUUAGUGAAUUUUGUAACCGUCCAUUUCGAAUAUUGGUAAGAGGGUUUAUUGAUGUCCUGUUACUAGUUGAUGGACAAGGAUUAACGCGUGUGAACAGAUGAACAAUAAUAAUUUUUAAUUUAAUCAAAUGUGCAACACGCGUAUCAUCGUUUUAAUAUUAUUUUACCUUACCUGUUUUAAGAGUUAUGAAAGUUUUAGUUAUAAUGGAAAAUACUAUUCAUAUCUCGUCGAUUUUUCGUCAACAUUUUGUUGGUGAAUUUCUGGUGAAACUUUUGGGAAAUCGAGUGUAUUGUGAAAUAUUUCUUGAUUCAUACAGUUGUUCACGUGGAAAUCAUAAAUACCGUACUAUAACUAUUAUAGACUUCGCUCACAAAUGAUCGUUCCAAAUAAUCAAAAUUAAUAUAGUUAUAGAUAACAUAGGUUUCAUCGUGACCAUGAUGAUAUUGUUAUCAACAUCAUCAUGAGAUUCUAUAACGUCCAUCUUCAUGAAGUCUUGAUCUUGUCUUCAUUAGUAUAUACUAGUAUGAAAAAUACGACCGGGGGAAAAAAAAAAUAAUUAGGAUUCAGUUUUUCAAUUGUAAUUUUUUUUUAUCGAUCACAAUUUAUAAUUUUGUGUUUUGACGAUUCAGUAACCGUCUACUAAUCGGAACGUAUAAUCGUAAACUAUCACUAAACUGCUUAUAACGUGAGCAUAAUAAUUGUCUACAAAUCAUAUUUAAGGUACAGGCGUCUAAUACUAAUGUUGAACACUCGAAGGUCAAAAAAUCUUCUUUCAGACUUGACAGUAAUAUUACGCAAAAUAUUAAACAACACAAAUUAACAUUGAGAAAACACCUAAUACAAAUACUAAUAUAUAAUACAGCGGCCUAGUAUCGCAUAAUAUUAUGUCUUAUUUUUGGAAAAAUAAAGAAAUAUGUAUUAUGCGAUUCUACUAUUCACUAAUAUACAAUAGUAUACAGUAUUUUACAGUAGAGUAUAGUAUAUACUAUAUACUUCACUGAUACUACUAUUGACUUUUCAUAUUAUGUUGUUGACUGUUUAUAACUAUCGUUUUUAAAAUGUCAAAAACGUAUUUUAUGGAAUAAAGUAAAAUGUUAGGUAGGUUUUUUGUAUGUAAAAUUCUGAGAUCUUUAUGAUCUACUGGUAUAUUUUUCGUUUUUAAAGGGAUUGCGUAUAGGUAAUUUUCACGAAAAUUGUGGGGGGAAAAAAUGAAAUUUUAUUACCUUCGAAACGUUCAAAUACGUUUACGAGUAAUCCCGUGUCUUUAUCAUGCGAAUACGGUGUAUCGUAAAAUUGCCUUACAAAAAUGUUUUUUUUUUUUUUUAUUAUUUCGAAAAACCGUGGUGUUUCGUGCGGCCAAAAACUAUACUUAGACGGUGGACUUUGUUAAGAAACCAAAUGUUCACUGCCAUAAGACAAAGAGAACGCACAACGUUGGUUUCAGUUAUUUAACAUCGAUGUUAUGAAACGAAUUAUUCGAGUUCGAAAAAUUUAAAAACCGUCGGAUUGUUAAACAAUAAUAUUUAUUUGUUUUGGCAUUUGUAAUGUCGAAAAAAUAAAACCAACGUUGCACGCAACGCGAGUUCUCGGUUUUUUUGCGGUGAAAAUUCAAUUUCUCGUUCAAGUCUCGGACCAGCCCGAGUAGUUUUUGUCCGCGUAAAACAGUUUUACGUACGGUCGCGAAACACGGGCGGGGUAGCACGCCCUUUUAAUGUCACGAUUAAUACACCAAUAACAAAACGCUAUGAUAAAUGCAAAUACUGAACGCAAAACCUGAAAAACAUUGUGUUUCGUUAACGUUUUCCGAACGAAUAAACGGUUUUUUUUUCACUUGUACGUUAUUAUAUUAUGACGUAACGCGAAUUAAAAAAAAAAAAAUAAAUAAAUAAAAUACGGUCAUACCUUCCGGUUGAUAUACGAAACAGUCAUUUCUCAUGUGGUUUUGAAAGAUGCGUGCCGUAGGCAUUAUUUUUAUAUCCCUGGCAGUGUUCCAAACGCCGUGGCGGACGCUCAGCCAGAGACCUUUCGGCGUGAGGUCGCCAGACAUAUUUUCCGUCAGUCUUGUUCGUCUCGCGCGUGCCACACGGCGAUAUUUUCGUCGGAUUCGAACCCGAUAACAAUAAUUUUAUACGCGGGCAACUUUCCCCCCCCCCUAUUGCGCCUUUACGCCUCACGGCAAAAUGAGCUCGAUUGGAAAUCUGACCGAAUGGCCGAUUUUCCAAAAGGCCAACGAGCAAGCCAUCGGCUUUAAUCUGUACGAACUGGUCGUAACCGACUGUUUGAUAUGUUGGCAGUACCUUACCAAACAGACGACCGCCCUGAGGGAAGUGAACGAUUCCCGGUUGCGAAUUUACGAACAACUGGAAAUCAGCAUUCAGGACCUGGAGCGGAACAACCAAAGGCUCGUGCAAGAAAACAUCAACGACAAAAAACACAUAAAAAGGUACAGUCGUGUUUCGUUUUUUUUUUUUUUUUCAAAUAAUAUAUAUGCACGUAUAUUUUUUUUUUAAUUAGUCGGGUUAUAAAAACAAAUUAUGAUUGCAAAAUGUAAAUUUUAUGUCGUCCAGUCUGUACGAGACGAUCGAGAGUCUGGAAAAUCGCUGUGAAGAUUUGCAGCACCUAGUCGACGAUAUAGGCCAUUUGAAAAAAGACGACAGCGUAGUCAGCGAGAACAAUGUCAGUGGAUGCGCAACCGAAGACCAAGACGAAUAUGCUAAACUCGUUUCGCAACUGGAGCACGCGAAAACCCAAAGAGCAAAGGAACAGAGAAAAGUGUCUGAACUAGAACAAAACGUGUCCUUACUCAUACAGGUAAAAAAACGACCGUAAUAAUCGUGAACGUUUUAAAGCGAUAUUAGUUAAUGUGGCCCGUCUAUACCUAAAUAAUGAUUAACGAGUUAAAUUGUUGCGCGGCGUGUAAAUGUCAAAUAUAUAACUAUUAAAAUUGUUUUCGUUUUGUAAUAAAUGUAACAGGAGAACACGAAUUUAGAAGAAAAAGUGAGUGUAAUGCAACAAAAAGACGAAGAGCUGAAAACCCUCCAGGAUCAGAUUGUUUACUUGGAGGAAAUUCGGUGAGCUAACAAAUUUUACGAAUAACUAACAAUAUUAACACGGGGGCGUCUAUUCUCAAUUUUUUUUUAUUUUUUUUUUUUUUUUUUUUUUUUUAACAUUAUAAACAUACGGAAUUCUUAAAUAAUUCAACCGAAAUGUUUACAUUUUAAUUUGUAACGAUAAAAUGGUAACUCUUAUUUUUAAUUUUUAUAAAAUAUUCAAGCUUAAACCUACAGUAUUUUUUUGAAUCAUAAUUAUUUUCUAUUAUUCAACGGAAGCGAGUAUUAUUACUAUAAAAUUGUUCUUUUUUUCUUAAAAAAGUUUCGUUUUUUUGACAUUUAAUUUUGAAAUGCUUUUAAAAUUAUAAGCUAUACGUUGAUUUAAAAUACGAUACAUUAACUUUAAUGAACGGACAAUUUAACUGUAAGAUUAGAAAAAAAACCCGUUUGAAUUUAAAGAUUUUGUGAAAUCAAACAUUUGUACAAAAAUUAGAUUUUUACAAACAAUAAAAAUCAUUCUGUGUGUCACACUUGCACAAUAAGGUAACGUCUGAUAUAUAUAUACAUAAUGUGACCUGAGAAAACUAUUAAUAAAUUUAAAAUUAGAUCAAAUAACGAAAGUUAUAUAUAUAUACAUUAAAAUUAUGUUUCAUCUAAACAAUUUUUAUUUUAAUAUAUCAGACGAUUAACCUUCAGUUUUCCUAUACAUAUAAAACAAUGGACGUUGGUGUUGGUAUCUGAAAUGAACAGACUCAAAAACUACUGGAUCGAUUUUUAAUAUCCAGGAACAGGGUUCGUAUUACGUAACAAUGAACUCGGUCUAUAGAAACUUAUACUUCGGAUAUAAGUGAAGAUUUGGGAAGGGGGGCUAAGGAAGAGCGACUUAGUCCUCCUAAAAUUAUUAUUCUGAGCCCCUCCUUCUAAAAAUGAUAUUGACCCUGAAGUUAGAAUAGCUUUAAUGGCUUAUUACGAUUACGUUUUUCUGUGUGACAACGAAUGGGUAUAAUACAUAAUGAUGGUAAUUUUUUUUGCUCUUCACUAAAAUGGCUCCCUCCCCUAGAAUUCAAUCAAGUGUCCUUUUAUGAACUCGAGAUUUCUUUUUGAAUGCAUUUUAUGGUAUUUUAUUUUUAAAUGAUUUAAUAAAAUAUUUUUAACUUUUAUUUGGGGGGGAAGUUUUUAAGCGUUUUCGUAUAAGCUUCUUUUUAAGAAAUUUCAUAUUACGAUAAUAAUUAGGUAAAACGUACUAUCUGGUUUUUUUAUACUAUCUGCUCGUUUGAAGAUUUUGUUAUUAUAAUAUCACUGUUUUAAUAUUCAAACCAGUGGCGUAUUUAAAGAUUUUUCCAAGAAGGGAGGGAAUAUUAAAUUUGGAAAUCGUGUCAUAUUGUAUUACGUAUACCUAGGCUAAAAAUAAAAGAUCAAUCUUUAAUAUUCGUUUAGUUUGGUAAGUCAUUUAUAACUCAAUCUAAUAAUCAUAUAUUAUAGUUAUUAAUAUUUACGAGUACUAUUUAGUUUAUAAUCUUACUUAAUCUCUCAAAAUUUAGUGGUUCGGAUAGAAAUUGAAACAGUAAAAUUACGUACACGUUCGGAUUUUUCGUCGAUAUAAGCGCUAACACGUUUAUUGACUUUUCCGACUAAAAAGUAAAGAAAUUUAAUUUUAAACCGUGUAGUCGUGCAAAUACUAAAAUAGACAUUAAAAAAAAAAAAAAAAAAGUGUCAAUAAGGGAGUGAUAAAUCCGCUCCCCAUAAUCUUGCCUUUAAAUACGCCACUAAAUCGUAUUCUGUUUUAACGUUUAAUAAUUAUUUGUUUUUUUUUUCUCCGUAAUAGACAAGGAAAUCUUUGUCGCCGUUGUCAACGCAGCACCGACCCGAACCUAUUUGACGAAUAUUCAGUAUACGACGACGACGAUGACGACGACGACAUUAGCGCUAUAGGAUCGUAUGUCGAAACUCACAAACACGAAGUCUUGCAACAAUUACAAGUAUGUGUUUUUUUUUUCUUGUUAUUCUUAUAAACCGAAACGUACGCGUAUUAACAAAACGUGAUACGGGCGCAUUGUUAUAAAAAAAUAAAAUAAAAACUUAUACCUGUAUAUAUGUUAAUGUAUAUAUGUAUAUAUAAAUCCAUUUCGGAACGCGCGAAAUACGUUUCAAAUUACGAAAACGCAAUUAUACCGACUUUGAAUACCGUUUAUAAACGUCGUUUUAAUAUCGCAGUGAACGUUUUGUUUAAGAUGCGCGGUUAGGUUACGCGAUCCGAAGUUUUAAACAAAACAAUUGUGCGUCCGUCGUCGUUCUAGAACAUUUAUCACGGCGUAAAACGCAAAUUUAAAAAAAAAUAAUAAUAAUAAUCAGCCGGCGUUUUUUUUUUUCUUCGUUGUAUAGGCCCGCUAAGCGAUUAACCAUGUGAUUAAUGACUAGACCGCGAGUCGUUUUUGUUUUUUUUUUUUUUUAUAAGUAUUAUGAUAUUAUUGCACCCAGACAUAAAAUAACAUUUGGCAUUUCGCCGCGGACAAAAGAACGAUACGAUUAUUAUUAUUGUCGUUGUCGUCGGCGGGGCUCGAUGAUCCGGACUUUUGACAUUUGAAUUGAGGUCAGAAAGGGCGUGUAUCGUUACGAAAUUGUAUGUAUGUAUACACAUAUAUCUAAUAUUUUUCUUUUAAACUCGAAGCGAAAAAUGGUAUUUAACCAUGUGCGCGAACGAAAUUUUUUGCGUGUUUAUGCGUUAUAAAUCGGCCAUCGUCUGGCAAAAAUAAAAUCGAGCGAAGCGUCACGAUUUUUUUGAUUUUUUUUACGAGCAUUUGAAUUUUAAAUUUUAACAAAAUCCUUAAAAAAGACACGAAAAAUCGUAUUUUCUUGUUAAAAAUUAAUAAUCAAAAAAAGACGGACAUGUUUCUGACGUGGGUGGGCCACUCUUUUCAGUGAGAAGCUGGGAAGAUAGAGGAGAAAUUGAAUGUAUUUCUGUACAUAACGAUUAACCAUUGCUAAUGAAAAACGAUUUUGAGUAGAAUUUUGUUAGCAGUGUUCCUUUGUCAACAAUAAAUAUGGCACAUAUAUAGAUAUAGUAAAAAAGUUGUUCAAAGAAAAAUAAAAGGACCGUAAUAUAUUUUUACUAAUACCUCUGUAUUUCGUACUUUUUCCCAUUUUUUGGAAAAACUCCUGGUAAAAUCCAAAAAAUGACUUCCUUAACGUAUCAUCCCAGGAAAAUUAAUAGUAAUAAAUACUGCUGAUGGAUGUGCCUGCGGUCGUAGGAGGAAAGUCGAAAAGGCUACGUAGAGUUGUUUAAUUUAUAUUUAUCUUGCAACAAUGAAAUCAUUGCUGACGAAAUACGAUUCUGAUCUAAGUUCGGAUAAACAAUAAACAUAAUAUUUUGAAACGCCAUUUGAACUUUAAAUGAGUAAAUAUGAAAAUUACUACAUUCUACUCAUUUUUCUUUUUUCUUUUUUACUAUUAAAUGCAACUUAUUAUAACUAACCUCAUGUUAAAUUUUAAUGCAUUUUCGUUUAGCCCAACAAUUGUAUUUGCAUGAAAAUUAAAAAAAACUCCAAAAUAUUAAAUAACCAAAUAGUAUAAUAGUCGCUUGAAUGUAUGAAAAUUAUACCACGUCUAGGAAAAACUAAUAUAAGUAUUCUAUGAGAAAUCCAAAUUUCUAAAAUUAUUUUUAACUGAAUUACAAGAAAAAGUCGGAAAUAAUGAAACCACUAUCACCGUAAACUUUCCCGUGUUUUCUGCGUUUUUCACGAUUUAUGCUCACUGAAUAGAUUAAAUUGUCUUUCCGAAAAGACACUACUCUUGAAACUCGGAACAAUAUUUCUGGUAAAAUUUGAAAAUAGUGAAACUUUUAUCGCCGUAAACUUGUAGGUUUUCUCUAUGCGUUUGUUCUCAAAUUUUAUGGAAAUUAAAAUACUGGCAUUCUCAAUGCUCCGACUAGAUUCAAAAUGCAACGAAAAAGGUUUCCUGUCAUUUUUCGAUUAAAACAAAAUUUCCGGUGUAAACGUUGUUAACAGACAGAAAAAAAACAAUAACAAUCGCACGUCAUAAUGCGCUCAGAAUUUAAAAUAUAAUUCAAUUUGGAUUUAGUGGAAAAGCGUUUAACCGAACUUCGCGCUAAACGGUAUUGCGUUUGCGACGGUUUAUCGUUUGGAAUUUUUAAACCAAAACGCCCUAUUCGUUCCCCCCCAAAAAAAAACAGCAGUUAACGAUUUGUUUUAGAAACCGAAUUGGAUACCACCCUGGAGACUAAUUACGAUAUAACAAUAAGCAAACUUAGAAAUGUAGCAAAUACAUUUCAAAACUGACAAAUUUCGGCUCUGCGUUUCAGGUUACUGAUUUAAUUUGCGGAAUGGUUUACAUAAUAUUAUAGAAUAUAUUCGAAAAAAAACGAAGUAAAAUAUAAACUAAUGGUACAUUUAAAUCGCACGUUGCGCUGUAUAUACAGAGUGAUUCACUAAGCGUGCUCACCCUAUAUAUUUUUUUUUUUUAAUUUUGCAUGCAUUCAAAUUCUAAUUUUCGAAAUUUUUUAACGUGUUCAAAGCCGAUAUUUUCGAAUAAUUAGAUUGUUCACAACAUUUAAGGAGUAUAUUUUGUGGCGAUACAGACUUUAAACAGAGGGAGAAUAGUGGAGUAUCAUUUGUGUGGCGGCACGGCGCGCGACGUUGUAUUAGUGAUCCACUACUAUUCUGCCUUUAUCUAAAUUUAAAAGUGGAAUGUUUCGUUAACGGGUUGACGGAAAUCAAAAAUGUCGGCACCAGAGUGCAUUUUAAAUAAUACUCCGUCUAUUUAUGGAAGUUUUAUGUAGGUUUUCGUUUGAGAAACCAAAGUUGGUAUCGCCACAGGAUACUCCUUAAAUGCUGUGAAAAAUCUAAGUAUUCGAAAAUAUCGACUUUAACUACACCAAAAAUUUGAGUACAUGCAAAAUUUAACUAAAAACGUUGGGCGAGCACACUUAGUGAAUCGCUCUGUUUAGUUGAAAUUAGGAUUCAACGUUUCGUAAUCAGUUUCGGGUAACUAAGCACCGACCCCCAUCUUAAUUCACUCUAUUUUUGUCGCCAUACCGUGUGCAUAUAUACAAUGAUUAUUAAUAGAACGUUUGGGUUUUUUUUCUUGUGCAGGAGACGUUGGGAGAGAACUAUUCGGAAGACAAUCCGUAUCGGAUUCUAGUGGACAAAUACGAGGCGCUGUUGAAAAUCCAACAGAAACACAACGCGUUCACGACGAUGAUGCCGUCGAACAAGGACAUCGGCCAGGGCGGCUUAUCGCUGCACGAAGAGCUGCAGAUGUCGGGUCAGUUUUCGUCGUUCAACGGCAACGCGUCGGACAGCGAGGACGACGAGGUGAUCGGAUCCGCGGAAACCACAGGGGCCGGCGGCAGAUCGGUUAGCGCGACGGCGUGCAAGUAUUCCGAGACGGAGACCACGUCGUCCUCGGGCUUCUCGGACGAGACGAGCAACAAGUGCACGCAGACCGAGACGUUCUUCACCGGUUCGUUCUUGUGCACGAUAUCCGACGGGGACGACUGCCGGUUCAGCAUCUACGACGACGCCAGUCCCAUCGAGAGCCGGUUCCGGAAAACGCCCGAGUACCGGCAGUUGUUCCGCGAGAUAUUCGCCGUGCUCAAGCGGGCGGCCGAGGCCAAGGACGAGGGCGAGAAGUUGCCGCUGUUGCAGGACGAAAAGUGCGACGGCGCCGGGGACAACGAGGUCGACGACGACGACGACGACCCGGCGAUGAUGACCGCCGCCGCGCCCAAAGUGCCGCCGGCAACGCCGGCGUGCGAAAUCAACCCGUUGGUCGAGACGUUGGAGCAGUCGGUCGCGGCGACUACCACGGAGACGACGACCGCGGUGGCGGCCGAACAUCAACGGCGAGCGCCGGCGGAGGAACAUCAGCCGCAACUGCUGCAGCACAAGCGACUGUCGAUGCCGGCGGCGGCGGCGGCAGUGUCGCGCGGCGACAUCGACAGGCAGCAGCAAUCGCUACAGGAGCAGCCGCAGAAGCAUAUCCGCCGCCAGCGGGACAUCAUCGAGGAGUUGGCGGCCACGGUCAAGCACAAGAAGCACGUGCGGCACCGCAAGUCGUCCAAACAACAGUCCAACAAGGACAUCAGCCAUUUGAUGGAGUACAAGUGGACCGACCAGGUGACGCGCAGACCGCAGAAGAGCGUGGAUGCAGACGGCGGCUGCGGCGGCAGACCGUCGCCCACGCACAGGGCGACGUGGUGCGUGUCCAAGGACGCGGACGCCGACGGCCACGAGUACGCGAGUUCCGCUUCCCAGGAGGUCGCCAAGCUCAAGAUGCUGGAAAAGUCGUACGCGGAAGUGUUGAGACUGAGAAAACCGCCUACCAGACAUGCGGUCUGGCAAAACGCCGAUCGGAUGUAAAAGUCAUAUAAGUUUCAAUAAAUGAUAUUUGUUUUUCAAAAAAUCCUCUAUAAUUCCUAUAUAUUUUUUUUGGGAGCAAAAAAAAAAAAAAAAAAAAAAAA